AUGAAACGCAACUGGGAAGGUGGGCUUGAGUGGUAAAAUGGUGCCCGUCCCCUGCUGCUCUUCCAUUCUGAUCAGUUGUCUAUGCCUGUUUUUCAUUGGACUCCACCCACCAAAUAAACCCCCCACCCUCACAGGAGCCUCUUCCACCUAUCUAUCUGCAUACACAAAAAAUCCAGUUUUGCCCUCUGUAAAGACUGCAGACCUGCUCAAUAUGUGCUCUUUUCUGUCAUUUGUCAUUGUGGGAAAUGAAGCUCAUCGAUUUGUUCAACAUUCACAGCCUCUGGGUUAUGUACACAUUAGAUUUCAGCUUCCUUUUACAUGGUGAGUGCUGCGUGGCCUUUGACUGCCCCAAGUCUUGAGGUUUCCUUCUCACUAGUUGGGAAAGGUGCAGGGCUGUGCUCAAAGGCUGAAUUAAAAAGGAAGGGGGAUACUGCUGGCAAGCAUGCUUUUCACUUCUGUUGUCUCCUUCAGCUAAUCUCCUCUGCUUCCUCUCCUCUCCUCUCAGUUGCUAGGCAUGUGCAGCUUUCACAAGAAACUGCUUAAUAAAUUAUUAAUUGGCUAACACAAUGCAACCUCAAAUGUACCAUUCGCUGCCCAUCCAUCCACCAGCCUCAGUUAAUUUUUGCACUAGAGAAAAAAGCUCAUUAUGUUCUUUCAUAUCACAGUACAUGGAUACUACCGUAUCUUCCAAGAUAGCAAUCUAUUGCCAUCAGUUUAACUUUACGGUGGUACCUUGGUUUAGAAGAAGAAGAGUUUGGAUUUGAUAUCCCGCCUUUCACUCCCUUUAAGGAGUCUCAAAGCGGCUAACAUUCUCCUUUCCCUUCCUCCCCCACAACAAACACUCUGUGAGGUGAGUGGGGCUGAGAGACUUCAAAGAAGUGUGACUGGCCCAAGGUCACCCAGCAGUUGCAUGUGGAGGAGCGGAGACUCAAACCCGGUUCCCCAGAUUACGAGACUACUGCUCUUAACCACUACACCACACUGGCUCCAUAACCAUAAUCUGUUCCAGAGGUCCGGUUGUAAACCAAAACAGGUUGUAACCCAAGGCAUGCUUUCGCCAACCAAAAUGGGUUGUAAUCCAAAAAUGGCCUCCCCCCCCAAAAAUGGGUUGUAAUCCAAAAAGAAAAAAUGGAUUGUAAUCCAAAAAAGGGGACACACACUUCCAGGUUUGACGUGGUUGUAAUCCAAAACAGUUGCAAACCAAGGUACCACUGUAUCCUAAUUGGAAAAGCCAGAGAUUGGUCUUUCACAAUGGAUAUUACGCUUCAUUUUUAAGUACUUUUUGGGGAAGCUGCAGUAGAUGUUUAAAAGCACUGAAAUAUCACACACACUAGGCAACAGUGUUCCUGCCUUCUUAAGAAAGCCUUGUAUUAUAUACAAUAUUCAUUUUUCAAUUUGUUCUCCUUGCUCCCUUUGAGCAAUGUGCCUUUGAAGUUCAAGGCGUUACGCUGUAAAUCUGCCAAAGCUUCAGGACUGAAGUGGCAGUUCAACUCUUCCUAACCCUCUCAGGGGAUCUCUCUCAUCUCCCCCCCUCCUUUUGCCUUUGAAAAUAUCUAGGUUUUCAGGCCCAAAACCAAGCAACAAUUUUAUGGGCUAAUUUGAUACAGCUUGCUCAUAUCUAGGAAAAGUAGGUAAAAUGACAUUGGCAGCAAUGAAACGUAGUAGGUUAUUAUUGUCUCCCUGGAAAAAUUCCUAAUCUUUUCUAAAACAGAUUAUUUAUGCCUUAACAUAAUUAAAUCACAAUCAGGAUGGGGUGGGGGGAAGAUGAAGAAAAGGUACACAUUCACAGUCUUUCUCACACCCCCAAUCUUUCAAAUCAAUUUUAUACACGGAGCAAGGAUUCAAAUAUGCACUGAUAACUAUGGGACUAGAAUAAAAAGGUGGCAUAUAUUACAUUUUUAACCACUUUCUACAAGGUGUCUCAACAUGAUUUACAAAUCUGUAAAACACAACACAAUAAAAAAUGAAAAACUAAAUACAUUAAAACAAAAUUCUUAAAAGUGCUCUUCCAACACUAAGGAUGAAUGGUACCUCAGCCCACUAAAAGAUGGCUGCUACAGAACAGGGCAGAAUCAUACCACAGUAUGAUCCAAAUUAAUGACUACAUACUGUACAUACUCUUGGUACCAGGUAGGUGAGGGAGGGAGGGGAAAGGUCCACCAUUUGCUGCUAUGGCUCACAGCAACUUCUUUGGAUAUGCUAAAUUGUGGUACUUAGCUAGCUAGCCAAAGUCAUUACUUUGACAAAGGAACUGGUUUGGCAGUUCUUAUAUGUUCUUAUACACAUUUUUCCCUCACAGCUAUAUGAUCACAGGUUUUGGAAGGGGCCCAGGAUAUUAUCCAGACUGACACACACACCCCAAACUCAUAACAAUAUUAUACGGUAAAUCACACCCAUUUCCUAUAAGAAAUUACCCUGUUGUGGGUAGUUUUAUUUAUAUGAGGUAUCCUCUAUGGGAAAGUGUCUUUUUCUAUCCUUAGUUUCAACAAAGAAAAUGAAAAUAAGACAUAAUUAUGGUUAUAUGUUCUUUUCACGUAGUGCAUUCCUGUCUCCAAGGAAAAGACAGCUUAUAUAGGCUUUGCAUACAUAGGUCACUGAACAUCUGUCAGAUGGUUGCUAGUGUUACUUUAUGCUUCAACCACCUUGGGCUAGAAUAUGACCUACUUGUGUUGCUUCAAAGAUGAAUGAUCUUGGUCAAUGAACCGAAUCAUUAUCAGUUCCCACCUUUAAAAUACACAAACAUGGAAAAUGUGGAUACUUGAUUUUUUUAAAAUCUCACCAUCUCCUCUUCCCUGUAUUUAGGAAAUAUAAAAUAUUUCUUAAUUUGAUGAGAGGUUGGAAUUGGGGGAAUAGUGUAAUGUUAUUUGGAUGGUUUACGCCCACUGCAUUGCAUGGCUCACUUGCUUGCACAAUAUCUUCUUACACAACACUAUCAAACCGAUAGUUACGUAAAUUCAACUAACAAAUAUACCCACAACGUAACUGGCAGCGUUUAACUACAUAAUUUUUUUAUACAUAAUGUAAACAUAACUCUUUUCACAUUAUCUAGUUGAGUAGAAGCAAUUAAGGACCAACAUUUAGAACAGGAAAUACAAACAGAUCAGUUCUUAUAUACGUAAUGUCCAAAUAGAAGCUUUUGUGUUCCAAAUGUAACAACUUUAAGAAGCAGUACUUGCAAAAGAUGAACUUUUCCUUGUAAUGUUCCACAUCUGCCUUUGCAAAGUAUGGUUGUUGUAUGCAGCUGCUGUAUGCAGGUAUUGGACGAAGGAUACAAAAGAUCUUAACAUGUGCCUUUGCAACAUAUAGUUGUUGUAUGCUGGUAUCAGACGAAAGAACUUAAACGUGACAAGGAUUCCCGGAAUAUUACCUUGUUUCGCCCUGCUGGGCUUCGUCAGCCGAGCAUACUCUAAAUAAUGCAGAUAAACAUAAUAAUGUAGGUUUUUUACAAACUUAAAAAUAAAACAUAUAACACAGAUAUUGAAUAAUGGCUCUACAUACCGUAUUUUGUGUAUCAGAGACAUGGAAUGAGUGACAUGGCGGAUACCGCAUUAAACAACCAGUAGUACUAUGUUGCACAGGACACGGGUGGCGCUGUGGGUUAAACCACAGAGCCUAGGACUUGCCGAUCAGAAGUUUGGUGGUUUGAAUCCCCGUGACGGGGUGAGCUCCCGUUGUUCGAUCCCUGCUCCUGCCAACCUAGCAGUUUGAAAGCAUGUCAACGUGCAAGUAGAUCAAUAGGUACCGCUCCGGCGGGAAGGUAAACAGCGUUUCCCUGCGCUGCUCUGGUUCACCAGAAGUGGCUUAGUCAUGCUGGCCACAUGACCCGGAAGCUGUAUGCCGGCUCCCUCGGCCAAUAAAGCGAGAUGAGCACCGCAACCCCAGAGUCGGCCACAAUUGGACCUAAUGGUCAGGGGUCCCUUUACCUUUACCUUUACUACUAUGUUUGCUUUUUUAGAGAGAGACAAUGUUCUAAUUACAGGUGGCAGCAAUCUACAGCAAAGUUUUUUUCUCUUAAUGUGACCCCCAUGAAACCACCAUGUUCAACGUAAAUUUUUUAAGGUUAUCAAUGGUAUAUCAAGAUAUUAAUAAUAACUCAUAGAAAACAACUAUACUCUAUUUCUGUAUUUAAACAUGAAGGAUGCAAAGAAUCGAGCAGAAAAAUAAAUCUGGUUUGUUUCUGCAUAAGGAUGUUUUUGGCUUGUUCUACAGGUCCUUGAUACGCCCAGAUCACAAAGAAUGUUAAAUCCUCAUCUGAAUGUGACGCUUGAAUAAAAUGUUGCACUAAAGGCGCGUCGACAACACUGUUUCUGUUUCUGAUUCUGGAACGGUGUUCUGAUAUUCUUACUUUGUUGCACAAUGUCUUCAGCAUAUUUUCGGGAUUCUUUUAUAGUAAAACUGACCUUGCGGAAACCAGACAAGCUUGGCUAUAUUGUCAUUUGAGUUAGUUGGACACAAAAUUAUUUAUAAGCAAACCUAACGCAUAGCCUGCUUCUCAAAUGCAAUCCUCAACGCCAUAUACACAACAAACGCAAACAAUGACUGCAAUAUAAAAUAAAAUAACAUGGCUGGGUCCACAAGCAGGUGUUAAUUUGUAUGUGGGUGCACUCAUGAGCACUUUCCAUCUUAUGCCACUGAAACCUAUCUUAACGUUUCCUCUCUACACCAAUGGGCAGCCCUUGGUGGGAUGUACAGUGGUACCUCAGGUUAAGUACUUAAUUCAUUCCAGAGGUCCAUACUUAACCUGAAACUGUUCUUAACCUGAAGCACCACUUUAGCUAAUGGGGCCUCCUGCUGCUGCCGUGCCGCUGGAGCACGAUUUCUGUUCUCAUCCUGAAGCAAAGUUCUUAACCUGAAACACUAUUUCUGGGUUAGCGGAGUCUGUAACCUGAAGUGUAUGUAACCUGAAGCGUGUGUAACCCGAGGUACCACUGUAUUCGCACUGUGUGUUGUUGUUUCCUCCCUUUAAUUAAUAUUUCCUCACCCACCAUAAGUUCUGGAAACCUGAAGCUGGAAACCUGUGUGCAAAUUUUUGUUUACCUGUUUAUUUCUUUUGAAGUACAAGUUUUUAAAUUUGCACUAAAGAGCAGUUAAUAAUAAUAAUGAUGAUGAUGAUGAUGAUGAAUGUCUUUAUCGUUCCAAGUCAGGAAACCUGCAAUCUGUUGUGUGCAUGUCUACAGAAAUUUGGUGAAGUGUAUGCACACUUAUUUUUAUUCAUUUUUUAAGUACAAUUUUCUCAUUGUACCAGAUUGGGUAAGGGCAGUGCAUGGCGCUCUUAGAUAUGCUCCUGCAAUGCAUGGGCAGGGGGCAGGAAAGGAAACCCCAGCACAAAAUGGUCGUAUGGGCUGUAAACUGUCCUGUGAUCUUGGGGUGAAGGGUGUUACAUAAAUUUAACACACACACUGUCUACAGCAACAAACAGGGCCCACAGCUGAGAGCUGCUCACCUCAUAAUACAAUGGUACCUCGGGUUAAGAACUGAAUUUGUUCUGGAGGUCCGUUCUUAACCUGAAACUGUUCUUAACUUAAGGUACCACUUUAGCUAAUGGGGCCUCCCGUUGCCGCCAUGCCACCACUGCGCGAUUUCUGUUCUCAUCCUGAGGUAAAGUUCUUAACCCGAUGUACUACUUCCGGGUUAGCGGAGUCUGUAACCUGAAGCGUAUGUAACCUGAGGUACCACUGUACUUUUUCUAGGCCAGCAUCCUGAGCAUUGCCAGGCAUUUGGACCCAGCAACUAUUUUAGGAUGUGUUCACAUUACCACCUUAGAGUGCAGUGAAGUUGUUGCUUCUUGGUGCAUUUUGCAGCUCUUCCCUUUCUUCUCAGCUGUUCAAAUCAGGACAGAGAAGUCUUUAUCCUAUGUAGAAAAAUGUUCACUCUCAAGUGCUUAAAUCAUUCCUAAUUUGUCUAUUCAAUCCAUAUGAAGUACAGGAUACACAACAAAGUACAGGAUAUGUCAUGUGAACAUGGAUUAAAAUCCCACCACUGGAAACUGGAAUGUGAACACAGCCAAUAUUUUUAACUUCAGGAUUUUGGGCAGUCAAAGCUUAGCUCCUUUUUUUUUUUUACAUUCCGAGUGUUGCAUGAAAUCUAAUGUGCACAUGGCCCAGAGGCUGUGAAUGUUCAAUGAAGCUAUAAGUUUCAUUUCUCACAGUGUCAAAUUACAGAAAAGAGCACAUACGGAGCAGCUCUAUAAUCUACCUGGAGGGUCCAAUUGAAUUUUACAUGUAGGUAGGCAGAAGAGUUUCAUGUGGAUUUCCUCCCCACCCCCGCAAAAAAAAGCAAAAAAAGCCAUAGAAGACUGUGAUCACAAUGGAAGAGCAACAGGGGAGGGGCUGCUUAACCCUUUCUCAGGGUCCUCUGCCCACAAUCAAACCCACUUCCCCAACUGUUUUUGCUCAUGUGGGGGAAUUUUUUUAAAAGAAAGAAAAUGUGCAACAAGACCAGCACCAGCAGUUGGCACUUCCAAGAGGCUGGGGGAAGAGACUGGCCAUCAUUGCUCUCCCCAACAUUUGCCUUUUGCUUCUGCCGGUCUCCUCUGGAGUAAAGGAUAUGGGAGCCAGCUGUAUGUCAUCUAGCCUGGUAAGAACUGAACUGAAUUUAAGCCAGAUGUGUAGGAGUGUGCAUCUGUGUACAGUGGUACCUCAGGUUACAGACGCUUCAGGUUACAGACUCCACUAACCCAGAAAUAGUACCUCGGGUUAAGAACUUUGCUUCAGGAUGAGAACAGAAAUCACGCGGUGAUGGUGGGAGGUCCCAUUAGCUAAAGUGGUACCUCAGGUUAAGAACAGUUUCAGGUUAAGAAUGGACCUCCAGAACAAAUUAAGUUCUUAACCCGAGGUACCACUGUACUUAAGCCUAGAUUAUGGUGUGGUUGUCAUUGUUUGCUAAAUGAUUUAUUUUUUUUCAUUUUCAAAUCUACUGACGUGCUCUAUAUUUUGUACAGUGAUACCUCGGGUUAAGUACUUAAUUCGUUCCGGAGGUCUGUUCUUAACCUGAAACUCUUCUUAACCUGAAGCACCACUUUAGCUAAUGGGCCUCCUGCUGCCUCUGUGCCGCUGCUGCACGAUUUCUGUUCUCGUCCUGAAGCAAAGUUCUUAACCCGAGGUACUAUUUCUGGGUUAGCGGAGUCUGCAACCUGAAGCGUAUGUAACCCGAGGUACCACUGUAAAUUAUUUUCUGUCAGAGGCUUGUCUUCACCUGGUAUCUUGUAUGUAUCUGCAAAAUAACAUUGUUCCGGGGCAUUGUGGGAAAUUCAAAGGGUGGCUAGACAAAGCCACCUGGCACUGCUCAGAUUAGAGUGCUGCCGUUGCUAUCACAUAAGCCCAGCCAGGGCCCACGGACAGGUGAGCUUAACAUAGGGAGCUGCCUUAUGAUGACUGAAUCAGACCAUUGGGUCCAUCUAGCACAAUAUUGUCCAUACUGACUGGCAGCAGCUCCUCAGGGUUUCAAGGCUGGGGUCUCUCCAAGUGCUAUCUGGAGAUGAUGGGGACUGAACCUUGUACCUUCUGUAUCCAAUUCUGGUGCAGAAGAAGAAGAAGAAGAAGAAGAAGAAAAAGAAGAAGAAGAAGAGUUUGGAUUUGAUAUCCCGCUUUAUCACUUCCCGAAGGAGUCUCAAAGCGGCUAACAUUCUCCUUUCCCUUCCUCCCCCACAACAAACACUCUGUGAGGUGAGUGGGGCUGAGAGACUUCAGAGAAGUGUGACUGGCCCAAGGUCACCCAGCAGCUGCAUGUGGAGGAGCGGAGACGUGAACCCGGUUCCCCAGAUUAGGAGUCCACCACUACACCACACUUACCCCUGACCUAAGGCAGAGGUAGCCACCAGUGGCUCUCCAAAAAAUAUAUGAAGCCCCAAAUGUAGCCUUUACUCAUACAGGACUUGCUCCAUCCCCUUGAUCUUUACGGUUGUUGUUUUCUGAACCGUUUCUCAACAAUACGCUUUUCAAGGUAUUCUCCCCCCCCCCCCAUCAAACUGAUGCCUUUCAUAUGUUUUGGACUACAGGUCCCAUCAGCCAGUGGGGUGGAGUUGUUAUUCACUUUCAGAAUUUGUUAAGGGCAGAAGGCAUCUCGCAAAGUUGCUGUGUGGACAGUAAUAUAACACUUGGGUGUAAAGCUCUCAGGGUUUAUGAAUGGUUUUGCAAUGGAAUAUUUAACCAGAGAAUGAAAUUAAUUUCCUUUAUAGAAGCAAAGGGGGUGGGGGGUGGAUACGGGGAAAAUAUCCUUCAUUAAUAAAAUCGGACUGGCAAGUAUUGCUCCUAAGCCUUCAAUCUGAGCAAAGUAUCAGGCAGCCUCAUUAUACUGGUAGUGUCAUUUUGAAAAUCUCUUCGAAUGUGGAUUUCUGCCAUGGUUUAAAGACCGAAAUUAAAUUUAUUCAGCCAGUCUGCCAGAGCAAGGUCAGUUUUUUCUCUCUUCCUCUGUGUGUGUGUUUUUAAAAUACUAUUCGGAUGUAAAUGUCACAUCCAUUUUGGAGGCCACUCAUAAUCUGGGCCAUAUACAUUAUGUAAGGUUUCCAUGGCAACAGUUUCUCUGAGGGGAAACCUAGCUGUCUGCAGUUUCCACAGAAACUGCUCCCUGCUGAGACAGGUGCCUCGGAGGGAAGGGAAGGGAAGUGGAAUGAGAAGGACCACGUGACCUCUGCAGCAUACAGGCGCUGUAGCAGAUGCAACGGUGCGCUUCCUCCCUCCUCCUCCUCCUCCUUCCUCACCUCUCUCCCUUGCAAGGAUCUUGGGUGGGGAGGUCUCCCGCCCCCUGCAUCCUGUAAUGCACAUCUCUUGAUCACAAGACCUUGGGCCUAUAUGGAGGUGGUCCUGAUUUGGAAAUGCCACUCGCCCCGCGGACACUGAAUCCGGGCACUUCAGCCUUUCAGGUCCAGCCUUUCCAGAGUCACUUUGCAUGGGAACAUUUCACUGGUAAAUGAAAACUCUCUCUCUCUUUUUUUUACUUCCUUUUCUUUAAAAAGCUGGAAAACAGAGGAAGGGGGUGGGGUGGGGAAGCCCGUUCUCCGGAUUAUUCUUUUGCUCAGCGAUCCUAGUUCCAUUUAAAUUAAUGGGCUAAGAAAUACGAGGUGCAUUUGUGUGUGUUUUUUGGCCCUGGUGAAUCCAGGGAGUUAAUCUGUCUUAAAAUAACAGGGCGUGAAAUAACGAUUCCAAGAGAUAUGACGAUGAUAACCCUUUCAUUAAAAAAAAAGCAUAGCACCGUUUUAUAGCUAUAGUUAAGAAGGAGGCGGGGAGGGUUAUACUGUGGCAUUCAUGGGAGUCUUAGUGCUGGCAUAACUGCAGAUUAACAUGCAGCCUGUUUCAUCUUCUGCUGUCACCUCUUUUCCUCUUUAUGGGGAAAACAGCCUGACAUGGUUAUUAAAUCUGGCAGCUGGGUUGUGCACGCAGAGCAUGUAAGAGAAUGAGUGGCUUUCAGAGAGCAGCCUCUGUUUUUCGCUGCUCCUGGGCUUGAGAGACGGUUCAAAAGGCUCUUUCUCUUCUUUGUAAUUACUAAUCGGUGGAUCACUGCACAAGUAUUCGCAAACAAUUGCAAAUGUAAGUAUUCUUGGCUUGGCUUGUUUGCUGCUUUCAGGUUGCCAAUUAAGGGUAGGGGUUUCGGGGGGGUUGGUUGGUUUUGUUUUUACUGCAGUGUUCUAGUUGAAAGAGCAACAAGAUGAAAGCCAAAGACCAAAUCGGGCAGGAAUGUUUCUUUGUAGGAAUGAAGUGACUUUACAUUGAAUGGUUAAAGGACGUGGGGAGAGAAAGAUUGGUGGCUAGGGAAGUACUGUUUUGCAGUUGCUAGUGACUGCAGGUUUUCUGUGAGAGGUAAAAUCAGAACCUUAAGCAUUUAUUUUUUCUACCAUGCUUGCUUUAAAGUGUUACAUCUAGAGAGAUGUAAGGAACUACUUAUUCCUCGAAACAAAGGUUUGUUUUUUUGUUAAUCUGGCAUACCUGGUUAAUUUUUUUAGAAAUACACCCAAACCUGUAGCUGAGAAAUUUUGCAGGUACUGUAUCUGUUUGGAAUAGCUGGAGCAGGGUGUGUUAAACCUGCUAAAAAGGAAAACAGCAAUACCAGCAAAAUGCUGAGAAACACCUUUCUUCUUCUUUUUUUAAAAAAUAGCCUUUUGUAAUGUAGAAAGAUGAUCUUUUAUUGCCUUUGAAGCAUAAAAUACUGAAAAUUUUUAAGCUUCAGGGUUUUCUCAGUGCUGAAGGUUUAGAUUUUUUUCCUGACAUUCUUUUCCCAUUCUUUAAAAUAUGCAUUUCAUACCUAAUCAAGUUAUUUCACUUUUUCCUUUUAAUAUAUAAGACUGCAGAAAUGUGGGCUUUGGGAAUAUAACUUUCCAACUCUCAUUCUGAUAUAAAUAAAACUUGCAUAAGAAAAAAAAGGUGCAACUGGUAUUAUGCAUACUCAAAUCAGAUAAUUGCAUGAGAAAUGCCUGCUGUUUCCAGUCUGUCUGAGUUGUCACGUCUCGUUUGUUUAUUUCCAGGAUGUGUUAUUUACUAGAGAUUCAGUCACGGUAUCCCAUUUCUAUCUAUGUAGCAAUUUUGUUACUGCAAUUCUUUCACAUGCUUGUUAUAGGAGGGAAGCGUGAAGAGACUAAAAGGCUGCUUAUGUCUCAAUUUGGGUGUUCCUUUAAAUGGCUUGGGAAAUGGUUUACAUGCUACCUUCCCAUCUCCUUUUUCCAAGUUGUAAUAAUCAUAGUUUUAUGUAACCUCAGAAAUAGACAAUUACUCUAUAGGCAACUGUGGUUACUGUUAACUUCCAAACCAUGGUUUGCAAACACACUUAAAACCAUGGGUUGGACUGCUUAGCACUAACUAUAGUUUACUGAAUCCUAAUGUCUUGGCAACCUGGUUUAUUACAAGUACAGAAAUGGAGAAGAGAAACUGCAUAGAAAAUGAGGGAUGGAUUCAAUGUUCUGUAUCACUGAAAUUGAGCCUGUUCUGCUGUUCCAGGCAAAAGCACACAUGCAUUCCCUGUUUUACUGCAGUGAAAUUGGAAUGCUGUGCAUUUGUUUCUGUGUAACCUGGAAAGCUGUGUUCUGUAUAAAAAUAUAGCUUGGCAACCCAACAAGCUAAAUGCAGUUUGGAAAUGCUCUGCUUUUUCCUUUUUCCUGAAAUAGCCACACCCUGUUUCACUAUCUGUGAAAAUGAUUUUAUUUGGUGACAACUGACGGGUUUCAGUUUCCCCCAGGGUGCUUUGUUAACAAACCAACUGCUGAGACAAGUGGUUUCAAGGGCAGUAUCCAUCGCAAAAAAAUAAAAUAAAAUGGAAUAUGAUGCCAUUGGGCACCAUGUGUGCAUGGUGAAGGAAGGAGAUUUCCCAGCUGGGAAAGGUGCCUGGUGGAAAAUGUCUAAUCCAGGAUCAGGCUGGAUUAAAGUCUCGCAUUUAGAAAUAUGACGGCAUUUUUUAAAUCAAAAGGAUUAUCAUUAAGCUAUAAUGAAUUUGACUUUAAUGUUGUUGCAUGGGGUGGUUUUGAAAAAUGGCUAAAAGUUGACAUUUAAGAUUCCAAAUACGUGAUGGCUUGUGCUGCCUUUUCAACUAUGCUUCAUAAAGAAAGGCAAUCUGCAUGGAAGCAAUGUUCUCUCUUAAGAAAAUCUGGUCCAUAAUUUGCGUAGCUCACUGACUUCCUUUGGUUACUUAAAUAUGUAAAAAUGGCACUUUGUGCAUGUCCAGAUGCAAUCUGUUGUUAGUUCACUAGUUCCAUUUAAGCAAAUGUCAGGCUCAGAGUCCUGGCUGCAAAUUGACCCUAAUAGGGUCCUUGGCUGCUCACUUGCUCUUUGUAGCCUGGGGAACCCCAUCCACAUUCCACCUUUGCCCAGCUAUGAUCAGCCAUCAUCAGGGGACAGGAUAGCUGUUCUCAUGCUGCUAAUCAGCCAUCUUUUUAACACAUUGUGGGAAGCUUUUGAUUCCAAUCCUGCCAAAAUCAGUGGGCAAUGGGGAAAGGUGGGUGUGGGUGGGAAGGUUGUGUGUGUGUGGGUGUCUGGGUGUGAGAGAGAGGUGUGAUGGCAGCACUCGUCACCACUAUUGGUGAUAUCCACAUGUCUGUGGCAUCCAAACACCCAUUCACUGCUGGAUAUGGUCCUCGAGUUCAAAAAGGUUGCCCAUCCCUGGCAAAAGCUUAGUGAAAAGUGCUACAAAAUCUGGGCUGUGAUUCUGUUUUAUUUAUUUUUUGCUGAAUGCAUGAAAUGAGAUGUCCUGUUUUUAAAAUGCUUCUCUGAGACAGGGCUUUGCUUUUUGUCUCAUGGAGUGAGCUGUUUGAUUCAGACGUCAUUGUCCAAAUGCUAUCAGUUAAGCUAAGGGUUGGCCAAGAACAUGAGGGGGAGGAGGAAACAGGCCCCCUCCAGUCAAGGUGUGCAACAGUGUCCAAGGGAACACAGUGUUGGGAACACAGGAAGUGAUCAUCUACUGAGUUGGACGUUUGGUACAGCUACGUCAGUAUUGUCAUCACUGACUGGCAGUGAUUCUCCAGGGGUUCAAGUGUGAGUCUUUUACAUCUCUACCUGGAGACACCAGAAAUUGAACUGGGGACAUUUUGCACGGGAUAAAACCCUCUCUGCCACCUGCUGCUACCAGUCAGUCUUGAGGAUACUGUGCUAGUUGAACCAAUGUUCAUCCUACGUUUACCUGAGACAGCAAAUCCCAUAAGCACCUCCCUGUCCCAUCCUGGCAGUCAGUACAGUAAUAAAUAAUACAGUAAUAAUUUGUUGCACUUUCAUGAUACCCAAAAUCUGAUUGUUUGCUGCACUUUCACUAUACUCCUUGGUAUGUUCCAUUAUGCACAUAGAUUCAUAGAAUUGUUGAAUUGGAAGGGACCAUUUGGGUCAUCUAGUCCAACCCCCUGCAAUUCAGGAAUAUUUCACCCACUCGAACUCAUGACCCAAAGAUGCUCUACUGACUGAGCUGUGUUCUGGUUGUUGUUUUUUAAUAUCACAGUAGUGGUGGUCUGUAGACCAGUGCAAAAGGGCUGGGAGUAUCUGUUCCUCUGCAAUUGAACCAGCUUGAAACAAAACAAAAAAACCCAAACAGUUAUAUUUCACAGAAGAUUAUACUGAGAAGUAGGAAUGAAAAAUGCUAUGUCAGAAUGAAUUGUGAAAACUGGAAAGCCCUAGGUGGCCAUGGAUUUCAGACAAUACUUCAGCCUACAGAUAAAAUUUAAAUUAGUAAUCAGUUACUGUCCAGGCACUAGGUAAUUAGUAUGCAAAAGCUAACCAGUGAUGCUUAAAACUGGUUAAGGACUUAAAUGAAACAAUGCCCAAUAUGGAUUCACAUGGACAGAUUCCUUCUGUAACAUAUUCUUGAACUGCAAGCAAAUUUCUGCCUUUGGGUACAGAAAAUGGUUUCUUCUAAAGCAAAAUUUGCCGUCUUAUACUUUCCAGCUCAUCCUAUUUAUUUGCUGAGGUGGGCAAUGUCAUUUAGUAAAUAACCGCUGUUGCAGUUUGAAGAUAGAUUUUUAAAAAUAUGCUUUAAAGUCUAUUAAUAAAAGUCAAGAUGAUCAAAAGGCCAUUUUAAAGCAGCAGGGUAAGGCAUGUAACAUAGCUUCCUUGUGUAAGGCCAGCUGUGAACACCACUACAUGGGCUUUAUCAGCCAUGAAACACAGUACUUAGGAAUCAAUAAGUAUUGAUGAGAAAAGAAGCAAUUAUUUACAGCGUAAUUACAGAGAUGCUGGUGGUAGUUCCGUUUAGUGCUGACCUUGACAUUUUGGGCAUGGAGGAAAAUAAAUAAUUGCCUCUAAUUCAGGGGUGGCCAACUCCCAAGAGACUGCAAUCUAUUCACAGAGUUAAAAACUGGCAGUGAUCUACCCCUUUUUGGGGGUUCGGGUAAAAGUUGUUGAGCUUCUUUUUUUUAGGAAGGAGGUAAAAUGUUGGACAUGAAAAUGUGAACAGAAAGAAAUUGCAUUGCAUCAAUGUUUUAAAUAAAAUUGAACAUUUACCCCCCCUUUCUUCACCAAGUACAGCUAUUCUUGUGGUGUUUGACCUAAGUAUGGUAUCUUUUGUUCACUCUGUAUAUUGUGCAAAUUGCACUGCCAUUCAAGUCUGCUAUUGGGGUUGAUGAUGGCUGCGUUCAAGCAGCACUUUAUUCCUUUUUCACAAUGUUUCUUUAUGUGAUAAUUUCCACGUUUAACAUGCUCUUUCACAUAACACAAACGCCACUUCUGGGAAACUGGCAGAAUCUAUCUGAAGUUUAGCACUAAUUUCUGUGUUAUUUGCUUGCGGAAAAUUGCAAGAGUUUUGCAUUGUAAUUUCACCUAACAAAAUUUUGGGUGUACGUGGAAUACAUGUCUUCCCUGCCAUUUUAAAAUUUAGCGCAAUGUGGUGGCAUGUCGAUCAAAAGCCACAGUUCCAUAAUACAACAGAUAAUGCAGUGUAAAAGGAACAUAGAACUGUUUGCAUUAUAAUCAGGAAGAAAAAUGCAAUAACCCCAUGUCUCAAUGCACCCUAGGCGAGCACCCUUGAGGCAAACAGGAAUGCACAGUUUUUCUUUGUUUUACGCUUUGUUUACUUCAUAACAUCCCCAAAGGGCCUAAACCUGUUUUCAAAAACUCUCACACUGUUUAAGCCUCUGGAAUAGGGAUUAGAAGAAAAAUCAUAGCUCAGUAGUAGGGUAUCUGUUGUGCAUGGUGGUAGGUCCCAUGUUGACUCUCCAGGUAGGGCUGGGAGAAAACCUCAGAGAGCUGCUGCCGUUCAGUGCAGACAGUACUGGGCUAGAUGGACCAUUGGCUUGAGUUAGCAUAAGGCAGCUUCCUAUGUUCCUAACAGGGAUGGGGACCUUUAGGCCUUCCAGAUGGUUUGGAUCUCAGUCCCCAUCAUCGUUGAUCAUUCAACAUACUGGUACUCCAAAAUGUAUUGAGGGCCCCUGUUUGGGGAAGGCUGAGGUUAGUCCUUCCUCUCCCACAGCCCCAAUUCCAAUUGGCUGUAUUAUGAGAAGAAUUGAUGUGGGGUGAGCCAGCUACUGGUGUCCCAUGUAACAUAGUUUGGUGACCUGCUCAACUGAGCUAGAGUUUCCUAACACUCUGCACCUGAGAAAAUUGGCCUGGCAAGUUAGGUUCUAAUGUGGAUCUUCAUUCUUCCUCCCAGGUUUCAUUUCUAGAGCAGCUUCCGCUACCUGAUCUGCUAUGCUGAUGAUGGGAGAGAGCAUAUCUCGAAAAGGAGGCCAUGGCUCAGUUCUUACAUAGCAACAAGCCAUGUUUAAUAGCUCUUUGGGUUUGAAUAACAUGCUACUGCGCACUGUCUGAUCAUUCCUGCUUUGAUCCCUUCUCCUCUCAACCCCGGACCAGCACAAACCUUGAAGACUUGGUUUGUUUGUUUUUUUGUCUGAAUCUGAAAUUGUGGUUUUUUCCUUCUGAAGUUCAGCAAGUCAUGAUUUGUUCUUGGCUUGGCCAGCAGAUAUCCAUUCUGUUUGCCUCCAAAAACCUCUGUAAUUCAGCUGUGCAAGUCAUCAAACUAGAUUUUUAUGUGGGACAUUCCUACUUAGAUCAUCCUGGUUCUCCUAAAGCCAUGGAGAGGGGCCUGAUUUGGAUAGGAAGGAGAGUUUAACCCUUUGCAACUUCUAAAGUUUGAGUCUCUUUCCCUAUGUGCUUUCCUGCCCACAGCUAAUAUCAGCUGUUUAUGGAUGAUGGAGGAGGAGGAGGAGGAGAGGCCUUCUCUCUUCUCUCUUACCCACCACCAGCUGCUUUAGGAGAAGGAAAUGACAUGGGAAGAUCCAAUCAUAGUGUAGUGGUUAAGGUGUUGGACUAGGACCUCCUGGGAGAGACCAGGGUUCAAAUCCCCACUCAACGAUGAAGCUCAUUGGGUCACCAUAUUUCAGACUGACCUACCUCACAGUAUUUUUGUGAGGAUAAUACGGAGAGGGAGGGAGAGCUAUAUACACUAUUUUUAUCUCUUCGAAAGAAAGGUGGGAUGUAAAAUGGGAAAAACCCCAAGCAUAAUUUUUGAAACAGCCCCUAGUUAUUUCAGUUUAUUUGCGUUUUCAAGGGAGCAUUUGAAGCGUGUUUUCCAUUUUUGUUACCGUGUGUGCAAAGCAUAUAUGCAAACACAUUCUGGUGUUGUUGGCUUGCCUGCUUCCACCAAACAAACACUGCAGUAAUAAAAUCUCAGCUGAGGAGAAAUUGAUAAAGAGCACAAACGGCACGUGGAUGGUACCAGAAACUCCAGAUGACAUUUUGCAAAAUAUUUGCUGAAAGGUUUUAUUGUUGUGGUUAACAAUUGCUGGUCCUUAGACACGCCAAGCAAUGAUACACAGUGGAGUCUCUCUUUUCCCACACUUGGUGUGUCCAGUCUUUUCCAUGGACACCAUUUGUUUUCAAUCAAUUUAGCAAUUAUAAUCAAGCAGAACACCCACCAGCAGACAGAAUGAAAUGCAGAAUAAUAGCUCUGCCUCUGUGUUGGGCAUAACAGCCUUUCUGUAGGGAGUGGGGGGCGGGGGAGAGACAUAAAAUCUGACAAAAGUUUGAGUCUUGGGGAUAAGAUGUAGCACAUUUGCAGUAUAGUAUACAGGGAAACUCGAAUUGCUUAUGUAGUUAAACCUGUUGAAUUAGAAGCCUGCCUGGAGCAUCAGGCUCCUAUCAGCACUGGGAAUUUAUGGGAAUUGGGUUGAGUGAUGAAAGGACAUCUGAUGUGCACAAACCAUACAGCCCAGCUAUAGAGCAGCUACUGAAAUGUUUGAGUGCCGCCAACUGAUUGCACCAAAUCACUUUCAGAAACUCUGGUUUUUACCUUGCUAGCUCAGAGAUGUAGAACCUCAGACCCAGGGACCAAAUGUGGCCCUCCAGACUUCUCUGUCAGGUCCCCAAAACACUCACCAGGCCAAACACCCUUUAAUGGGUCCACGCCCCAUUUUUGCAUGACUGGAAUGCAUCCUUGAAAUCUGAUAGUUUCUCCUGAUUGUCUGGAUGAAGGAUAGAAAGGGGCAGAUGUAGAAACUCACCUGCUGUACAAAGGUAGAUUUUAUGUUUGUUGCUCCACUGCCUGUUGCCUCUGCCCACCCACCACUGAUAUGUAUUUUCCACAGAAAAUAUCCCACUUCAUAUCUUUACUGGCAACAGUGAAUAGAUGCAUGUUACAAAUACAGUGUUAGGCAAGCUUGGCAGUUCCAAAGUUUUUAUCUUUAUUAACUACAAGUAAAAUAAGCAUGCAAGAUAAGAUCGCUCUCUAGGGCAUAAAAAAAAUUCUAUUUUUUUUCCUAAUGCAAAUUACUCUCUGCAAAUUACUCCAAUUUGCACUGGAGAAUUUCCCAGAAAACCCACGUUACUGACGCAAUUUUAGAAUAAUGGCAAAUAUUUGCCAAAUGCAAAUAUCUGUGCACCUCUUCUUUCCCAGUUAAGCUCUGAAUAUAUACUGGUAGCCGCUGCUUAAACAUUAUAAACACUUCAAAGGAACAUGUUUCUAAAUUAAACAUGUGAAAGAUCUCUUCCCUUCUCCCCUAAUAGUUGGUGGUGUUUGGCUGAUCAUUGAUAAUACUUUUGAUUUAUAAUUUGAUAGGCAUGUUUCAAGAAUAUGAGAAGUGCAUAUAAGUAUGAGAAAGUUAGCCUAGGAAAAGGAAAGGCUUCUUUUAAAUUUUAGUAUUGAUAUUCUGGAUGAAGAAAUAGAUCUUGUUUGUCAGCCCCCAAGAGCUUGUAUUACUAGUGAUCUCUGUUAAUAGCAUGACAGCACCAGCAAAGCCCCUUUAACAUUCAGAACAAGGUCUUUCAUAGGAUUUUGACCCAAUUAUUGUUUGUUAGAUCUGAAGGCCACCUUUUCCAAACAGUUGUUCCAUAUAGCAGUAUGGUAUUUUUAUAGUUCAUCAUCAGUCCAGGAUUUCUGUGGUGCUACAUUAGAGGUCGGCAGCCUAAGGCCCAUGGGCCGGUUCCAGCCCAUGAGCUUCCUGGAACCGGCCCACGGCCAUUCUGUGGAUUGGCGUGGGGAUGCCCUGCUUUUUUUUCCCUCGCCGCAGGGACCGACUUCCGGGUUGGAAGAGCGCCAGAAAUAGCGUGUGUGCACGGGCGCUCCUCCGUCCCGGAAGUGUGCCGGAAAUAGCGUGUGCAUAUGUGUAUGGGAGCUCCUCAUGGAAGAGCGCCGAAAAUAGCUUGAGUGCACGCAUGGGCACACAUAGGUGCACAUGCUCUGGCCUACCGAGAGGUCUGCCAGGCAGUGGACUGGCCUGGCCUCAAAAAACGUUGUUAACCCCUGUGCUACAUGGUAGUUUAAGAAUGAUUGUAGCAUUUCCUGCAUAGUGACACUGAACUUUCUUGGAAGUAGGUACCAUUAUGUUCAAUGUGACUUACCUACAUGAGUAAGUGUGCAGUCUAAAGCAGUGUUUCCCAACUGGGGACCAUAUGGCCUCCCCCGCCCCGCCCCCCCAGCACAGCCAUAGAUAUUCCCACACCCAUGUUUCUGCCAUUGAAUAAUACAGUGGUACCUCGGGUUAAGAACUUAAUUAGUUCCGGAGGUCCGUUCUUAACCUGAAACUGUUCGUAAUCUGAAGCACCACUUUAGCUAAUGGGGCCACCUGCUGCCGCCGCGCUGCCACUGCACAAUUUCUGUUCUCAUCCUGAAGCAAAUUCUUAACCUGAGGUACUAUUUCUGGGUAACCUGAAGCAUCUGUAACCCGAGGUACCAUUGUACUUUCACUUAGACUAAUGCCAUCAUCUUCUUAAUACCUUAUAAGUCAAAGGCAAUACUGUAGUUUACUAGUUUGCAUUGCAGUAAAGCUUCAGGUUAAACCAUUGUAUGCAGUAUUAAUGUAGUAGCAGACCUGAUGCUAGCAACUGGGCAACUGACCAAGUAUCCACUCAAUCCUGGCAAGGGGUCCAGAUUCCUAUAAUCCUCCUCCUCCUGCUGCUGCUGUUCUGUAGCAGACUAGUAUUGAAGAUGUAUAGUUCUGUAUGAACAGAAAGACUAGAGGACAGCAUGUGGAGAAUCUGGAAAUUAAAGAAUACUCAUUUCGAUGAUCUAAAAACUUGAUUGGACAAAAUAUUUCAGCGUAACAGCAACUGUUAUAUCCUUAGCAGUUUUAUCACAAAGAAAUAUGAGUAAACAGUAUCUACAGCAAAAUAUUGGCUCUUAAUGGCCCUUGAAGUUACAUGCAUGGACAACCCUAUGGAUUGUCGUGGCUUUCAUAAUCAAAUGUAUGCUGUGUCCUUUGUAAAUGGUAUAGAAAUUAGUAUUAGCAUUAUUUAAAAUGCUCUGCAAAAAUACAGGAACCACAUGCCAAGGAAAACAGUAGCUCCUGAAGUUUCCGCUUGCCUUGUGGUAUAGGGAUCCUUGCCAGAAAUCAAGAUGGCAUACUUGCUUCGUUAAGGCAUUCUGACCAGGAAAAUAUUAUUAGGACCAUGUCCAUUAAAAUAAUAUGCAUCACUUCAGUGUUCAAAUUGCUUCACAUGCAUACUACAACAGUCCUGAGAGGCAGGUCAGGAAUAUGACUUCCAUAUAGCUUAAGGCCACCUUGUGAAUUUGUGAUACGACAUUAAAUCUGAACCUGCAGCCCCCUGGAUCACAGUUCAUUCUUAUCCACUUCACUGAAAGCAGCUGUGUAGAAGGCUCCUAUACAGAUUUCAAGGCUGGUUCUCUACUUGCUCCUUGCCCUCAGCUCUCGCCAUGUAUUUAAGACACUUAUUUUCACCCCUUUUCACAAGGACCUCAGCCUGGUAUAGAAUCACAGAUGCGGGUGGCACUGUGGUCUAAACCACUGAACCUCUUGGGCUUGCCUAUCAGAAGGUUGGUGGUUUGAAUCCCUACGACGGAGUGAGCUCCCAUUGCUCUGUCUCAGCUCCUGCCAACUUAGCAGUUCAAAAGCACACCAGUGCGAGUAGAUAAGUAGGUACCGCUGUGGUGGGAAGGUAAACAACGUUUCUGUGCGCUCUGGUUUCCUUCACAGUGUUCUGUUGCGCCAGAAGCGGUUUAGUCAUGCUGGCCACAUGACUCGGAAAGCUGUCUGUGUACAAACACCAGCUCCCUCGGCCUGAAAGCGAGAUGAGUGCUGCCACCUCAUAGUUGCCUUUGACUGGACUUAGCUGUCCAGGGGUCCUUUACCUUUACCUUUUUAUAGAAUCACAGAACUGUAGAGUCGGAAGGGGCCACAUCUAGUCUAACCCCCUGCAGUGCAGAAAUCAGUCACCCAAAGUGGAGCUCAAACCCACAACCCUGAGAUUAAGGGUCCAUUUUCACCCCCUUUUUAUUCCCACAACAGCCCUUUGAGGUAGGCUAAGCUGGUGUGCCUGGCGUGCUCUGGUCCAUGGAGUCACAAAGAGUCGGACACGACUAAACGACUAAACAACAACAACAGGCUGAGAAAUAAUGACAAGCUGAAAGGUUAUGACUUUUGUAGAGAAAUGAACCCAAGAUCGUCUUGGUGGUCCUAUAUCAUGCUGCUUUUAGUGCAAGAUAAAUUUAUCCAAAAUUUUGCUCUGUGUGUGUGUGUGUGUUUAUUUAACAUAAAAGCAGGACCAAACAAAACAAUAUGUGGUGGCUUGUGAGCUUUUGGCACACACAGCAAAUGUGCUUUUUCCUGGAGUGCCUUAUUGAUACAUAUUUCCCCCUGGUCUAAGCAUUCCUUCCCCCCUGCCCUGUUCAGCUGUGAGCACUCCCAGCACAGUUAGUUUUUCCUUGUCAGCUUUUCUCACUGCUCCACUCUCCUCUUUAAGAAUGAAACACAAUAUCUUAACCAAACAGAUACCGAAGAGGCUCAUCAUUGGCUGGCACUGUCCCCCGAUAGCACGGGUCCCGCCUCUUUGGUUGUGCUGACAAGCUGUUUAUGUUUUUGCAAGGCCGCCCUUUAACUCAGCCUCCUGGUGGUUAUAAUGGGACCAAUUGUCUGAAUGCUGCAGGGAGCAGGCUCCUCUCUUCGAAAGAGGCUGAAUUUCAGUGCCUGGAAGGACAUAAUGGAACGCCUGUAAGUAAGCUCCUAACUGUCCCACCUUUUAGAGGAAAUAUAUAUAUAUAUAUCCUAGGAUUACAGAAAAUCCUUAUUUAGUACAGUUCUUGUGUUUAUGAUUCAAAAAAGUAGUGUGUGUGUGUGUGUGUGUGUGUGUGUGUAUUUGGGAAGGAAGGUUGAAUCUUUUGAACAGCAGCUACUUUGUAUUCAGCGACAUGCUUCUGAGGACUCCUCUAUUCAUACCUCGAAUGAGAGUGAGAUCAUCCUGGGGAGGAACAGAAACAGAUGGAACAACUUGCGGGAUAAGGUUAACCAGACAAACUUGUUGAAGAAGAUCUUUUAAGACAUUUUUUUAAGAAGCAUAACUGUGACUUGAUACUCCUCUAAGUGCUUCUUAUUAAAACAUAUAUUAAGCUGCAGAAAUUCAUCUGAAAGAAGACAAGAUGCGAGGUGGGGGGUGGGAUAUUGAACACCCUUCUUUGCAAACAAUGUUUUUAGAAAGAGGCAUGCUGUAGGGUAGAAUACAAUGCUUCAGAAAAGUGCUGUUGGUUCUCCAAGAUGUAUUUCUAGGAAUAAAUAGGUUGUGCUCUGCGGUGUCUGAAUAACUGGUCUGUCUAUUCAGCUGAAGCAUUUUCAGGCUCACAGAAUGGAAGAACGAAUUAAACACCCCAGCCUCCAUGGACAAGUUAUGGAACAAAUUUUAGCCUCUAGAUAAAAUGGUAGAAUUAAUAGAAAACUUUAAAUAAGUUAUUGUAUAGGCAUGAAGUACUUCUAAAGAGGAUCCUCAAAACCCAAUGAUGGAAUGGUAAACUUCACUAUAUUACCACCAGUAUCAGUUGUGGGAGCUGAUUUUAGCACAGUGUCACUCAAUUCCUGAAUCAUAAAGACCCCGUUUUCUAAAUAGAGAAGAUAAAGAGAUAGCAGGUAAACAACGUCUCCUAGGCUGCAAGGGAUGUAAUUAACUUUUAUAACUUCAACAACUGAUAUCUUGCCUUGCCUUUCGUUUAAUUGCAAAAUUCCUCCCAACAGUCUCUUCUAAUAAGGAGUAAAUUUCCUGAGGGAGUUUGCUUUGGUUAAAAGAACUACCCAAACUUCAUAAAGCGAUCAGACAUGCAAAAUAUCAGGUGAAGCCACCAAGAAAGCAGACUCUUUUUGUUCUGGCAGUUCCCUGCGCUUUUAACAGCUGCUUUACAGGCUAACAUUUAAUAGCUGCAGCUUUCCAAGUGAUGAGUGAAACAUCACCUGUUGAAUUUCCAUCAGCCACCGAAGGUGUUAGAAUAACAAUAGUCUUGCUAGGAAAAGAAACGGAAGAGCUCUCCAGAGAAAUCUUUGCAUUUCAAUUUCAUAAUAUCCUUGCAUUUCAAUUUCAUAAUAUUUUAUGUAGUAUCUAAUAUGUCAGAUGAUACUUAGAAAGAGAAAGUCCUUAUUGAAAACACACUACAGUGGUACCUCGGGUUACAGAUGCUUCAGGUUACAGACGCUUCAGGUAACAGACUCCGCUAACCCAGAAAUAGUACCUCGGGUUAAGAACUUUGCUUCAGGAUGAGAACAGAAAUUGUACUCCAGCGGUGCGGCGGAAGCAGAAUGCCCCAUUAGCUAAACUGGUGCUUCAGGCUAAGAACAGUUUCAGGUUAAGAACAGACCUCCGGAACAAAUUAAGCACUUAACCUGAGGUACCACUAUAAUAACUUUUGCUUAUGUUUUGAGAUAUCUCCCAAAAGAAGGCUCUGGGUGUAACUUACUUAUGUAUGGUAAUAUUAGUCCAAUAUUUGUUGGAAUAUUUUGGAAUAGCUGUUGGAAUAUUUAAUACAUGUUACAAUAUUUUUCCUCCAAAAAACAUAUUACCAUAAGUUACAUAUAUUUCCCAGGUUGCUUUCCCUCUGGAGCCAGAAUGGGCGUUCUGCAGCCCUCCAGAUGUUGCUGGACUCGAUUCUCAUUAUGCUUGACCACCGUAGGCUGAUGGGAGCUGGGGUCCAACAACAGCUGUAGAGCCACAUGUUUCUGACCCUAAUCUAGUCCUGCUGUCUUUGCCAGUUGAACCGGAGCUUUCUCUGUCUCUGCCAUCUGUAACUGCGGCAGCUACUACAACAUAUAUUUAAACAUUUAUACUGACAAGAAUGGAGACAGACCUAGGGAAAGAGAAUCUGAUAAGGAUCGUUUCAAAAUUCAUUGGCAGCAGUCCUAUUUGUUAGCACACCAGCAAAUAAACCUGUACACUUUUCUGUUCUUAAAUAAAUGAACAUCCUUUUUUAGUAUCUUUUAGCCUGGAAUGUCAACAUUGUUAAUAGAAAGUGGCUAUCACAAUUUAGUGGGACGUGGAUGGCACUGUGGGUUAAACCACAGAGCCUAGGACUUGCUGAUCAGAAGGUCGGCGGUUCGAAUCCCUGCAACGGGGUGAGCUCCCGUUGCUCGGUCCCUGCUCCUGCCAACCUAGCAGUUCGAAAGCACAUCAAAGCGCAAGUAGAUAAAUAGGUACUGCUCUGGCGGGAAGGUAAACGGCUUUUCCGUGUGCUGCUCUGGUUCUCCAGAAGCGGCUUAGUCAUGCUGGCCAUAUGACCCGGAAGCUGUAUGCCGGCUCCUUCGGCCAAUAAAGUGAGAUGAGAGCCGCAACCCCAGAGUCGGCCACAACUGGACCUAAUGGUCAGGGGUCCCUUUACCUUUACUAUCACAAUUUAGUACAUGUGGGAAAUGCAAAAAUGGGUCUACAUAUCACCUGGGAAAUUUGCCUAAAGCACACCUCUCUCUCUCUGCUAAUCUGAUAGAAAGCCCUAAAGCAGGGGUAGGCAAUGUGAUGCCUUCUAGAUGUUUUGGACAACAGUUCCCACCUUUGCUGACUUUUGGCCACAAGGGCAGAGGCUGACGGGAGUUGGGGUCCAAAGUAUCUGAAGGGCACCGAGGCACCCCUGUCCUGAAGCUUUGGAGGAAAAUGUCAACUUUUCCAUCUCCUGCAAUUCUCUGUGUCACCUCUGCAGCACUGGCACCAAAGUGUUGUCUACUUUUCUGGGUUCCCAGUGUCAGUGUGAGGGUGUGCUGGGUGGAAAAUACUUUCCUUAGUCAAAAGGAGUUCCCUUCUAAAGAUGUUCUCUGCAGUGUCUUUCAGGAGUAGGUCAGCCAAGUGGAUUUGCCCCUUAAUGCUGCUUUCACUGUUAUCUUGAUUACAAUCCUUUUGGCCUGUGGAGACAUGUGUGGUUUUAACUAUGGAAAGGUGGCAUACUAAUAAAAUGAUGAUGAUGACGAGUUGGGAUGAAAAUCCUUCCUAUAUUAGCCACCGAAGCUGCUGCAUCAUGCCCAGAUGGAGGUCAGAAAAGCAAGCCCAUUUCCUUUAUAUCCUUUUACUGAAGUUAUGGCUGCUUUCAGCAAGCUUUUGUUGUACAUACAGUAAUCAGAAACUGCUAGUGGCUCAUAUAACCACACACACACACACACACACACACACACACACAUUUCAUUUCAUUUCAUUUCAUUUCAUUUCAUUCCUUAAAAUAGGAUGUACUAAGAGUGAUCCUCUGAUCCAACCUAACAUCUGUAGUUUGACAUCUUCCAGGUAUCCAAACAGAACUCUGGAUGGCCUUAUAUAUGUGAACGACCUAUAACCCGGCUUCUAAAUUAUCGCUACCCUGUCAAGGAUGAGUUGGCAGCCCAGGGAGGAAUGCCUUUAUCCUUACCCUUCCUUCCUCUUUAUAUCUUCUCCUGUCCUUUUCUCUGCUCCUUGGUGAUAUUUAGGAUUGGCAAGAGAGAUUUUCUUUCACUAGAAUAAUCUGCAGUUGUGUGAGCUAUAUUUAGAAUAGUGUUCAAGGCAUAAAAGAGUAUAGCUUAAAAAUAAUUUUAAAAAACUUGAUUAUGUCUGGGCACAUAGUUAAGAACGUGCCUACCCAGUCUUCAUUGACUAUCAACUGAUGAUGUGUGAUAAGACUCUCAUAAAUCAGACACCAUAUUGGAGGGCAUCCAUAUUGCCUCAUAAUAUCUUGAAGACAGUACUUUUCAAUGAAAGCACUUCCUGUGUUGAGACAAUGAAGCUGCAAUUCUGUACCCAGGUUCUUAGGUGGAAGACUCAUAGAACUAAAUGGCUUACUUUUGAGUAAAUGUCUAGUGGAUGGUGCUGUAAGAGUAAUGGUGUGAUGGGGUGCUGUUUAUGUGCAUGUGUGAAUUGGGCUCUUCAGAUGAAAAAUAGGAAAGCAUGGCAAAUAACAAGGAUAACUCUUAUGACUCCUGGUAUGAGUAUAUAAAGUUAGGAAAAGCUAAUCCUGGGCUCAUUCAGAACCGCACUGAGGGUGUGUGCAAGGAAUAAACUGAGAUUGCAAAGCCAUUGUUUGCUUCCAGUUUCACUACUGCACUCAGAUGACAGAUAAUGCGCUAAUUUGGUGCUGUAGAGUUAAAUCGGGAGGGGUUGGAAUGCAAACUAAUCUGAUGGGCUUUGAGCUACAGUUGCUGAUUUGAGCCGGGCCACCUGUGUUUAUUCUGCCAGUCCAUGAUCUGCGGUUUGGACUAGCAGAUGGCAGCACAAAGAUCUGCACGAAGCCCCUGUCUGGUUAGAAAGUGGACAUGCUUCACUUUCUGUGUGUGUGUGUCUUGUUUGGUCGCUUUCUACACAUCUGCAUGCAAAUCUCCACGUAGAAACUGACUGAACUGUGUCAAAAUUCUGUACAAUUAUGUUGGGUCUGCAUGUGCCAGGCCAGCUGGAAGGAAUAAUAUUGUGACAGGGCUGCCUGUGACAGUCCUAACGCCCCACCUGGGUCAGCUGGUGUCAUUGCAGUGAAUUGUAUGAUCUGCAGCUAAGGGGAUGUGGUGUUUGCAAGCUUCACUCUCUCCUCUGUGAUUACAUCAGACUAUGAAUCAGGUCAGCUGGAGCCGGGCUGGAGGGUGUGCGGGAUUUAGCUUUCUGAGUAAGCUUCUGUCAUCCUGGCAUUUUGACCAGUUUGAAACGUGGUGUGUAGGCCAUGCACUUGAUCCCUCUCAGCAUGAAUUUCAUUUGUUCUUCCAGUUCCCUCCUGCCCCUCCCCAAGCAUGGUUUGCCAGGCAUAGAGACUUGCAUACUGAUACAAAACUGGAGACAGGCUGUGAAUCUGUAUUGGGUCUGGUUGUAGGAAUAUAUUCAUUGGCACUGGUGAGAUCUAAUGCUGCUUUCAAGGUGCACUGCUGAAAUUCUAAGAUAUAUUUCCCUGGCAGUCAGCUAAACAUGCAGUCUUCUUUCGAAACAAUGUGGUUUUCUUUUUAAAGAAAUGCAGGUUUGAAACGGACAUGUACUUAAACUUGUGAAAUUCUACUGACAACCGGAUAGAAUGUGCCUUUGUGUUCCUGAUAGUUCACGAAGAACUGGUGUGUGAAUGGUCUGGAUGCUUAACGCAAUAAAUUCUACCGCUAGAAGAACUCUGAGUAAAUAAAUUUUACCCAUAUUGUUUGCUUUUUCUCCUUUUCCAUUUUCACUACAUCACUGGUGCACGUCGAAAGUGGUGGCAGCCUUUUAAUUUGUAGAAUUUUGAGAUAAUGUCGCAACAUUCCGUAUAUCCACCAUGGAAUAGUGGAGCAAUGGUAUUUGGAAGGAAGUUCUUACUGGGUUUUUUUUUUUACUGGUUAAGUUUUACUACAACUCCUUGCAUUAAUUUUCAUUACGAAGCUUCUGUUGAAGUGUUAGAAAUCUCAGCAGAAUUGUGUUCUUAACAGCAAUUCUGCUGUGUUGAUGCAGAAGUGUGAAAGAUGAGAGAUGGAGGGAGGGAGAGGGAGGGAGGGAGGGAGGGAGCACAGUGCCCCUCCCCCCAAGUUUGUUUUGAGAGGAGAGGGUGUUGGCCGUGUGUGAGGUCAACAGCUGGCAUUUUGAUAGCUUUUUGCCUUCAGAACAUCUAUUUUAGAAUUUCAGUCAUUGCAGCUUGAGAGAACAGAAUACCAGCUUGACAAUUACAAAAAGGAAAAAGGACUUUUGCCCAGUUCUGUAUGUCAGGAGUUGUCUGGCUGCCGGAAGAGAUUGUGGGAUGCUCUGUAAGCUGGAAGAGCCAUGAGAAAGAAAACAAAUAUUUCCUGAUUUAUUUUUAUUUUUAUUUUUAAAAAUCCUGGCUCAAUGCCAGGCUUCUUGCUUGUGAAAUGUGGAAAAGUGUCCUUAUUAAAAGAGAAUGUACUCAGAUUUUCCAGGAGAAAAAACAUUAUUGCUUUUAAACAACUCUUUUAAAGUUUGUUCAUCAUUUCUUGUUUCCUGUUGUGCGUGUUUUUAAACCAAACCCAAGCGUGGUAACCCCCCUUCUAUUUCUUUUGGUGGAAAGAAGAUGUUCAACAGAUAAGGUAAGUCAGCAAACUGGAAGUGCAAGGUUUUUUAUUUUUAUUUUUUUAAAAAAUGUUUAUUGCAUUUUAAAUGUUAGGAAAUGGUUCCUUGUCUGCUGAGUGUGGAAGUAGUGACUUUAUUUAAAGGUGUUUGAUCUGCUUUUGUCUUUGUACAGUUAUUCAAUAACACCUUAUUACUUAGGCUAGGUGUUUGGAUCUCAAAUGAUAAGCACAUAAUAGGAUUAUAGGCAUACAUGAUGGAAAUAACAGAGAGGUGGGGAAAGAAGGUUUUGGUGUUCUCAUGUGUUUGGAUCAGAGGUUUUUUUAAAAAAAAUCUGUGAUCACAUUACAUAGUCUUAAUGACAUUUGUAAAUUAAUUGCUUGUGUUAACCUUAUUGUACAGGCGGUAAUAUUAUUGCAGAUGGCAACUGGAAACUGUUGGCAUUCGCUGAAUGUUGACAAUACUUGAAUCAGGGGAAGUCAGUGGGUGAGAAUCCCCAAGUUUCUGAUAUUCACAGUUAACAGUUAAUAUAAUUUGUAAUGUACUAGGGACCUGUGAGGGUUUUUUUAAAAAACAACAACUGUGCAGUUUUUUUGUUUAGCCAAAAUGUAACCUUAUAAGCAACUUACAAAGACUAGGCCUUUAGAAAACUUAGGCUCAUUUGAGAUUGCAGUGGGGGGUGGAGCUGUCUUAUCCGGCCAGAUGUAAAGGUUAAGCGAUUGUUAUGACGAGUGUCAUUAUUGCUUGCUAUAAAGAAUGUGUGAAACUACUGUGGUGCAUUGCUAUGCAAUUGCUUAUCACAGGAAUGCUUCCUUUUAUCAAGCCAAAUAAUUACCCAUCCUUGGGAGCCAAACUAGGAGGUGGAUAUGCUUAUCACAGUCUGCUUCUCCUGUUUACACAACUUUGGAAAUCACUUUUGGUUUCUUACUUUCAGUGCACACAAUGAAAGCCCAAGUUACUAGAAGAGAAUGAAACAUGGGGUGGGGUUGGAUGGUUUCAGGAAGGUCUAUUUAUGUACAUUUAAUAGGGAGUGAGGCCUAGUCCAGAUACUGUUUUCAGCUGUAUCAUGGCUGCUUCUCCCAGAGGCGUAGCAAGGUCAGGUGGUACCCAGUGUGAAUUUUUUUUUUUGUGUCCCCCCAAUUGCAAUUUUUGGGCUUUUUAAAGGGAGGGUGUCCCAAAGCUGUUGACCUUUUUUUAGGGAGCGUUGGUCGCGAAACAGAUAUGCCCGCAGAUUGCACAAAUCUGACCAACGAUCACAUAAAACCGUGUCAGUGCCACCAGCCAUGGGUACAAGCACUGACCGCUGGGGAUGCCAGUGACGCCCACCGAUUGCAAAAAUCCGACCACUGAUCGCAUAAAACUACCGCCGGGGAUGUGAGCACCACCUGCUGGGGUGGUAGUGCCAGGCCGAUCGCUGGGCGUAUUUGCGUGAUCAGCGAGCAGAUUGUCACAACAACGAUCACACCAAUCGCAAAAAUCUGGGGCGGACUGUGCUACCACCCCCUUACGACACCCCUGGCUUUUCCCCUCCCACUGAAGAUCAUGUGUCACAUGAAUGGGGUUAACUUAAUGGUCAAGUCUAAUGAUCAGGCUUCAGUAAAUCUGCAGCUCCCCCCCCCCCCAAUUUUGAAGGUGCAGAAGUAGGUGGAAGCUGCACUGGCAGUUGUGUGGUGAUCUCCACAACCUUCCCAGCUCCUAAGAUUGAAGGAAAACUGGGAGUUUUAUGGCAAGGCAAAGAGCACUGGCCAUAGGAUUAGCAUGCCUUCAAGCAGUGGCAUCCAUCGGGGCAAUUCACCCCUUUUUCACCCAGUUUGGCACACACCCCACAUAUUUGCGCACACACACUGGCUGGGAGCCUCAAUGACGUCCCUCUGGAGGAUUCACUCAGGGCAAAGAACCCCACUAGUUCCCCUCCCCCAGGUAGCUAUGGCACUGCAUCCAUGUUGGUAUAUUCUUCUUGUUGCCUGGCUGGGAAAGGCAAGUGGGGAGUAGAGAUUACUUUGCAUUGGUAGAGACAAAAAUUGAAAUCAUGUUCAGCCGCCUUGUGUGAUUGGGAAUAGUGACAUUGCAGCCGUCUCCACACCAAGUAAUGUGUGUGAACUGGGCCUGUCUGUGCUAUACUUUGCAUGCUUGCUCAGAAGUGAGUCACACUAUUCCCAAUUGCUGCAAGUUGCAUUAAACUUACUAGUCCUUUUCAGUACAGUGGUACCUCGGGUUACAGAUGGUUCGGGUUACAAACUCCACUAACCAGGAAGUGGUUGCUCCAGGUUAAGAACUUUGCCCAAGGAUAAGAACGGAAAUUGCAUGCCAGCGGCACAGCAGCUGCAGGAGGCCCCAUUAGCGAAAGCACGUCUCAGGUUAAGAACCCUUUCAGGUUAAGAACGGACCUCUGGAACGAAUUAAGUUCUUAACCCGGGGUAUCACUGUAUACAAUGCAGUGCUACCUCGGGUUACAGACGCUUCAGGUUACAAACGCUUCAGGUUACAGACUCUGCUAACCCAGAAAUAGUACCUCAGGUUAAGAACUUUGCUUCAGGAUGAGAACAGAAAUCAUGCAGCGGCAGCUGGAGGCCCCAUUAGCUAAAGUGGUACCUCAGGUUAAGAACGGACCUCCAGAACGAAUUAAGUUCUUAACCUGAGGUACCUCUGUACUAGGUUAGUGUUGCACUAUUAAACCUGAGAUUUUCCCACAUUAUCUCCUUUUUAGCCCAAUUCAUCUCCAUUUCACUUACUAGUGAAAUGCUUCCAAAUGUGAUUGGAAGAGCUGGCAUAAUAACUGAUACAAGAACAAUGCAGCAUUCACAAAAUUAUUGGCCAGGUUUACAUUUUGGCAACAAACUUUAUGAAAAAUCAAGCAAUAUGGUGGCAUAAAUACAGAGAUUAAGCCUAUUUUGUCUUUCAAGAACUUAAGGUAGUACAGAAAUUGUAUCCUGUCAUUGACAUUUGCACACACUUGGGCACAGAGGAGGUUGGAGUGCAUUCACACUGUCAGUCCCAAGCACACAGUGGUUUCUGGAAUAAGUAAACCGAACCUGUUAGAUUCAGAGUCCUAGGUGGUUAUGAUGAAUAACCCAAUGGAUGUGAAGGCAAAUAAAAAGCAAAUGUCUUAAUUUAAGCCUGGAAUCCUCUGGCUCUAAUGCUAAGCCAUCUAAAGGGAAGAAAACUGCCAAAGCCUUCUGAAUAGUACUUGGCAUUGCGUUAGAAAUUGUUACACUGGGUGAGUGAGCACUGUAUUUUUGUGUAUCUAUUGCAGUGUGUUGUCUUUAAGCAUAGCUAAAUUAAGACGAGGGCUAAUCUCAGGACAUGCAAAAUAUGCAGGAUGUAUCUAGAACUUCCUGUCCCAGCUGCUGGUUGUAUUACUUGGGUGAGUUUAUAAACAAGCAGGCAUGAUGCUUUCUUUGAUGCUCUAAUGUCAUGGGAGGCAUCAGAUGACAAAAGGCUCAUAGUCUGCCCUGGUUUUCCAUGACAGGAAAACAAAUUGGAGAAAUGUAGAGUUGGAAGCUACCUGAAUGUCAAGUAAAUCACCUGCCUUUUCAGGAGUCACCUUUUAAUUCCAACCUGCAGCAUGGAAUUCACUUUGAAUUUCCUGCCCCAUCAUCCUGCCUGUCAGCUUCAUAGUGGUGAUGGUUUGUGAGCAAUAUACCAGUUGUAGACAAAUUAUCCCGUGCGUCCUUUCUGCUAUUAAAAUAGUCUCCUGUUCCAAGAAUGAAUGCCAUUGUUUGUCAAUGUUAUACUAUCAUGUAUCACAAUGACAGAGCAUAAAAUAUAUAUAAUUUGUUGUGGUUUAGUCGUUUAGUCAUGUCCGACUCUUCGUGACCCCAUGAACCAGAGCACGCCAGGCACUCCUGUCUUCCACUGCCUCCCACAGUUUGGUCAGACUCAUGUUUGUAGCUUCGAGAACACUGUCCAACCAUCUCGUCCUCUGUCAUCCCCUUCUCCUUGUGCCCUCCAUCUUUCCCAACAUCAGGGUCUUUUCCAGGAGUCUUCUCUUCUCAUGAGGUAGCCAAAGUAUUGGAGCCUCAGCUUCAGGAUCUGUCCUUCCAGUGAGCACUCAGGGCUGAUUUCCUUAAGAAUGGAUAGGUUUGAUCUUCUUGCAGUCCAUGGGACUCUCAAGAGUCUCCUCUAGCACCAUAAUUCAAAAGCAUCAAUUCUUCAGUGAUCAGCCUUCUUUAUGGUCCAGCUCUCACUUCCAUACAUCAGUACUGGGAAAACCAUGGCUUUAACUAUAUGGACCUUUGUUGGCAAGGUGAUGUCUCUGCUUUUUAAGAUGCAGAUAUAAUUACCUCCUGAUUUAUUUCUCAUCUCACUUUGGACUCUGAAUUGGAGCCUAUAUAAUUGGCAUGACUACCUCUUCUGGUUAUUUUAUAUCCAUACAUAAGAUACGUAUAGCGAGAACUAGUUAGAUUUUGCUUUACUGAGAAACUAAAUAGUUGUUGCUUUUACGUUGCUUGCUGACCUAGCCUCUGAAGUAAUUUACAGACCCAGUAAACAAAAACAGAAAGUGUGUGCCUAACCUUAGAAUUGUGACAUGUAGUAUAGCUUCGGGCUGCUUGUUUGCUAAUGGUAUCAGUUUUCAUCUGGGAGGUGGGUUGGCUCUCAUUCAUGUGGAGUGGAGUUGAAGAGUCCUAUUUUUAAUGACUGCUGUUGGCCUUUUGCCGUAACGUUGGAAUCUGGGUUGCCUUAACUAGUUCAUUGUGCCUUGCUGUUUUUGAAAGUUCCAGAGCACUAAUGUAACAUGUAAUGAAAAUUAUUUGGUCUUUGACAUGGGUCCAAAUUAAGAUUGCCUGUGAGCGCUCCAGUUGGAGAACAGCCUUUAGCAAAGGUGUCAUGGGCUUUGAAGACACUUGAACUCAGGAAGCAAGGGAGAAACAUGCUAAGAGGAAGGCACGCUUGGCAAAUCCACACUGUGAUCAACUCCCACCCAGAAACCAAUGUCCCCAUUGUGGAAGGACGUGUGGAUCCAGAAUUGGCCUCCACAGUCACUUACAGACUCCUUGUUAAAACCGUGUUUAUGGAAGACAAUCUUACUCGGCUACGAGUGAUCGCCAGAGAAGAAGAAUUUUCCCAACCCUUAUUUUCCACUUGGUAGUAUGCUACUCAAGGAACUGUUCUUUGAACUCUCAGUACUAUCAAGUGACUGUAUUACCUAGCAUUCUAGGUAUUUUGGGUCAAAGCAUAUGUCAUUAGGCAACUCAAAAUGCUUUACAAACAAGCAUUUUCAGAAGGCCACGCAAGUCUUGCUACCAUGCCAAAACUUGGUGUUUCAAACUUUAUGCAAUGAUUUUCUGCCUAGCGGGAUGCUUCACUGUUUGGUAUGUCCACAAAUAAUUCACAGAGCUAGGAAGAUUGCUGAAUAUUGCUGGAAGGAAUAGGGCAGGAGGGAGAUUUUUGAAUAUCCCUCUUCCUCUCCCCCAGCUUUAGGAAUAGAAACACUUAUUGUGAAUGGUCUGUUCAAUCCUUACAUAGCAACUUUCUUUCCUGAUCUGUGCACCCAGCUCAUCACCCAAGUUGAUGGUGUAACCCUAAAUGGGAUUAGUUCUCACUAGCCAUAUGCUUCUGGAAUCCCUUCUAGUUGUGUGGGAUGCAAAGCACAUUCAGUAUUCCAGCAGAGUCCUCCUGCAGGAAGGCAAAUCCCUGAACUUGAGAAAAGCAUGCCUAAACAAUCAGUGUAUAUGUAUUGGUGGUUGUGGGGUGUGUGGUUUCAUUUCUUUUUUCUUUGGAGCUAGAACAUAGUCACUAAUAUUGUGUGAAUAAUUCUAAUUGUGCCUGCUAAAUAAAUGAAAGAAUGUGUGGCCCAACCAAGAUUAAUUGUGUGUGUGUGAGAGAGAGAGAUUCUAUGUAUUUAAGGACCAAAUUUUAAUUAUUUUGUAACAAAAUGCUUAUACUUGAAAGGCAAAUAUAGUUACUGGUUUCAAAAGGCCUCCAAGAAACCAAGCUUUAACCAAGGACACAUUCUACUCCUGUAAAAAACACGCUGAUUCCCGGACUGUCCAUGGGUCGGAUUUAGAAGGCAAUUGGGCCAGAUCCAGCCCCGCACCUUAGUUUGCCCACUCAUGCAUUAGGGAGUUCCCAUUGGAACUUGCUGUCAGUGAGUGCACCUUGCAAGAGAACAAUUGGGAGCUCAUUUUAAUCUCCCAACUUUGUAGCCAUCUCCUAACCACCCUCACACCUAGUGCCACAGGUUUCAGUAAUUUGGAAAACUGCCUCAUUAGACCCACAGGCUAGAAAUUGGGGAAGCAAAUCUGAGAUGCACAAAAGUAGGUGAGGAAAUGAAAGUCCCACUUCAUUCUUGAAAUUUCAUAUAGCCUUGGAUACAACUCACUGUUUCUGUUUUCCUUGCUCAAUUUGGUUGAGUACUUGCCAAAAGGAACUUUAAAAAAUGCUUUUUUUAUAAUUGGCAAAUAUUUUGUGUUCAAAUUAGGCUACUUAAAUUUGGGGUCCUGAGACGAGGCAACCUGUGCAUAACUUAAUAAUAUUAAUAUUAAUAACAACAACAACAACAACAACAACAACAACAACAACAACUUUAUGAUGAAGUUGAAUAGACUCAAGUCUUAUUCGCUUUCUCUGAGUUGAGAAAUAUUAGGUGAUUUCAGGGGAUGGUUCUGGUACUUAGAAACUUAGUACACUUUGGGGCAGAUGGCGACCUCAUCUCAUUCUGCACAUUACACAUUAAGCAGAUACAAAAGGAUUAUCGCAUUAAACAUGAGGGUGAUGACAUAAAAAUAUGAGCAGCAGGAAGACACCAAUUAGAGAUUUCUCCUUCUCUCAUUUUCAUUGAUUACAUUUCAUUAAAAACCAAUAACACUUCCUUCCAAAUAAAUGUGUGUUGAAUCAGAGCAUCAGUACUGGAUCUAUACUUCAGUGUUGAGAGAAAAAUACUUACGUGUGUUUUUUGCUGCCGAACCAGAAUGGUAGCUUUCCCUGCCUGCUAAUCCUGUAAUAGCAUUCUGUAUAGACCAUAUCCAGCAUCUGAGCCCUGAAACAGCUGAUUGCUGACUAGAAAAGAGGAAGAAGGAAAAAAUCCACCCGGCAAAUCUCAUUGCAGCUCUAUGCUGCAUCCCUAUCCCACAAUCCCUUGCACGGUUUGCUGCAGUCUUUCAGCUACGGGUUGAGUGAGAAAGAUGUACUAAAUAAAGAUUGAUUGGCUGGAAUCCUUACGGGGUGUGUGGUGGGGGGGGUGUCUCCCACUUUGUCAGUGACCCGGAGAGUAGGGGGAGGGAAAUUAAUGACUGCUUGGCUGGGCCUCCUUUUAUUACUUCCAGGAUUCUCUCCAUGGAGUGGUGGAGCAUUGUUAGCUUAAGCAAGAAAAUAACGCUGCGUCUCUAGUAACGGCUAACAGGAAUUCUCUAACAGUUCCACACGUGAGGCUUUCAGAUGUGAUACAUCACUGUAAUUAUGGUUGGCUCAUUUGGACGACUGCAGGACACAACUCCAUCCUGGAAAGGCUUUUUCCUUUUUUCACUUGGCAGUGCAUUGAUUUAAGCUCCUUUUCGUGAAGAUGGGUACGUCUCGAACAUUUGUUUGUUCAGUAUUGUGCCUGGUGGCUAGUAACGCUAUGCCUUUUUGCUCCCAUCCCCCAUUGCAGCUCCUUGCUUUACAUAAUGAUGAUGAUGGUGAUGAUGCAUGCUUUAAGGCUAGAAAAGUUAUUUAAACCAUAUGUGAGCAAGAUGGUUUUAAAAACAAUGUGAGAAAGCAGAGAAAGCAAAAAUGUGGAGGGGCGUGUGCAUAUGUACAAGAUAGUCUUACUUCAUGAUGAUGAUGAUUAAUAAUAAUAAUCAUUUGAAUAUAUAAUUGAUUCUGAGAGGAAACAGACUGUUUUUAUAGCCUUGUCUCUCUGGUUUGGGUUUGCCGUGCUGUGCUUGAGUAAUUCUACCUAAAGCUUAUCCUGUCUUUGAAGCAGCAUUUAUAUAGCAGGAGUCCCACCCUUGCCUGCAGUUCUGGAGCUUGCGAGUUCCAUUGCAAACGUUGCUACUGGAAACCUAUUCAUUCAUAAUGCAUGGCUUAGACCCUCUGGGUUGUGCUCACCAUUGAUAAGUCGUAGGCGAUUCAGACUGAUCUUUCAGAGUCUAAUCACAGCUCUGGUUGGGUGGAGCACUGCCUUUAUUUGAAAAUCCUAUACCUAUUGAACAGGCUGCCCUUAAUCUUCUUUAUACUUUCAUUGUGUAAAGCCAUAAUUCUGAGAUAAGUAUGUUUAUCAAAACUCAAUAAAAUAUUUCUCUUUAAAGCUCAAAAUGGUUUAUUUUAUUAGGAGUUUUGUUUCAGAUGGGUGUGGCUGCGCACACUACUGAUUUCUUUCUUCCCUUCUUUCUCUCUUGAUAUACAUUUACUAUUAGUGUUCUUGCAAUAUGUGCACACGCAUAUGCUGUGUUUCUUAAAGACCAUUUUGAUUAGAAAUUGGGCACUGCUUUGUACAUCUUUUAUAAUUAGAAACCUGCAAGAAGGAAUGAUGAUGAUGAUGUCAUUUUUAUGAGAGGCUGCUUGAUGCAAGGAUUGAUCUCUCAUCAAAAGCUGCUAGGUAUUUAAAGCUUGAACUCUGGAUUUGGUUUUUUGUUUUCUCUGCAGGCAUUUAUUUAGUCAGUGGUGAGAAUUUUUGUAGGUUUGUUCAUCCAGAGAGUGCACGUGUCACCCCUUCUGCCCGUCUUAAAAAUGGAUGAAAAGAACUUGCUUCCCAACUUAAAGAUAACAGCUUGUCUUUUUAUAGCUUUGCACUAAAUUUUUAGCACAGUUUAUAAACCUUCCUUGUUACAGAGCCCUUUAAAUCCAAAUUUAUUCCACCUCUGCAACAUACUACAUUAUGUACAGUAUGUGCUGUUCAGGUGAAUCUGUGCAACAUCCGGAAAAAUAAAUUGUGUUCUGAACAUAAAACUUACCUGCUUUAUCAUAUGAAGUUCAUUAAGAUGAGUUUCAGCAAACAGAACCAAUCUGUUAUAGACAGUAGAAAGACUUAUUGGGACAAGGAGACAUGGGUUCUAGUUUGUGCAAUCCAUGGUCUCUCUCACUGCAUUCAGAUGAUCCUCCAAACCAGAGCUUGCUCAAACCAUAUUUUUGUAGUGUUGAUAAGAUGCACAACUAUGUUUUGAUUAGACCUGGAAGUUGCCUAUUAAGCCACAUGUGUCAGGGCAGGAAGGAGUGUUUGAGCUCAUGGCUUCUCUCACACACCCUGUUUGGAGGAUGCAGCCAUUGUGUAGCUAUUAGCAACUCGCUUUCUGUAUUCUUACACCUAUUUACUUGGGAGUAAGCCCCAUUAACCAGGCUGAACUUAUUAUUAUUAUUUGUUAAACAUGCUUAGGAGGGGGCUAUCCGGUAGAAAUUUAAGUGGGGAUGUGGGAACCUUUUAGAGUUCCUUGCCCAGAGAACAAAGCAACACUUGUAACUCUUUUGUCUUUUAUCUUCCUCCUUUUACAUACAUGACUAAGUAUGUAUAAAUCUUAUCUGGACUGGGACCUUGGGUAUCAGAAUAUUCGCAGACCCCAACAGCAGCAUAGUAGGAGGCCUAAUACUGUAUAAUAUCCUCUUUGUGUAAUAAGAACAAGACAUUAACAAACACCCUAGUCACUAGACUUGAACAGUUUGAACGUCUCCACCCAGUCAAAUCCAUUCAAGUCUGAAAGAGGAUUCUGGGCAUGUUUGGGUGCGUGUGCUUAAAAGCAUCCUUCUAAUCGGUAGCUCUAUGUUCUCAGGGUUCCCUGGAGGGAGGCUCCUAAGUAAUUCAGUUGAAUGUGCAUGAAAACCUACGCUGUAUGGUGAAGCUGAUUGUGGAAAGGUCAAAAGCUGAGUCAAUGGGGACUUUGGGGGUGUGGCUGGUGCAUGUGCAUCCAUUCAUUUCCCUACUCAAGUUUUUCAACUGCAGCUAAAACAAAACCUGAAUGUGACUUAGGAAGAAGGAAAUAGUAAAAGGUGUUGGUUUCUGUGCACAGGCAAAAAAAUAUUUAUUCCAUUUCUAUCGCUUCUCGGCCUUUUGGAUGAGAUCAAGUGUAGUAUCUGUUCUUAUCAGUUUAAUAUCUGAUAUGUCCUCUAUUUGAGGACUAUGAACAACAACUACCAGACUUUUAGAAGACAUCUGAAGGCAGCCCUGUUUAGGGAAGCUUUUAAUGUUUGAUGUAUUAUAGUAUUUUAAUAUUUUUUUGGAAGCCGCCCAGAGUGGCUGGGGAAGCCCAGCCAGAUGUGUGGGGUAUAAAUAAUAAAUAAUAAAUUAUUAUUGUUGUUGUUGUUGUUGUUGUUAUCUUGCUCUUCCAAUAGCUCAGAGUGGCAUAUGUGGUUUCCCCUUGCUAACCUGUGAUCCUCCAGCUGCUCUUGGACUACAACUCCCAUCAUCCCCGAUUAUUGGCCAUGCUGGCUGGGUCUGAUGGGACUUACAACAUGUCCAACAACAUCAAGAGGUUAGCCACCCCUGGGGCUAAGAGGUAACGGCUGUCCAGUCAGCUUGAUGGCUGAGUAGAGGUUUGAACCCAUCUCUCUCUCCAUUCCUAGUUCAACAUGCUAACCACUAGCUGGUAUAGGGAAUUUAUGUUGUCUUUGUUGAAAAGCAUUAUAUAUCUUGUUAGGUUCUAUAUGUAUUAUGCCUAUUUUGCUUAAUUGCACUUGCUGUAGAAUGGAAAUGAAAUAUUUAUGUGGUUUGCAAUUGAUGCUUUGUAAUUGCAGGCAUGCAAUUUUUGAGAUGCAAUUGCAUUUUGAAGUUUGAGGCUUUCCAUAAAUCCAAGGAACAACUUACAGUUCAUAUGUGCAAAGAUGAUGUUUACCUUCUUCUGCUGGUAUUACUGUGUCCUGUUUGGCUUUUGUGCAGUAAGGCUGUUGGAAAGCUUUUGUCUUUAUUUUUAACUAGCUUUGUCUAAAAGAAGGGUUUAUGGGGGAAAUGAAAGAUAGCAUAUGAAUGGAGUUACUUAGUCAAAUAUAUGCCUUUGUUUCCAUGGGCAAAAGCUGUGUGAGAAAGAGAUCUGUGUUUUAACUCUGUGUGACUGAGUCUUACCUUCCUGCUAAUGGAAUGUGGCCCUCAAAUACAUUCUACAGCGGCAGUAAUGUGAUUUUCAGCAUGAAAAUGGUUUCUUACUUCAGAUUUAGACUGCACUGAUAUAGAUGGUCCGACUACUAUGUUCUUCCUAUUAACUGCAGGCUAUGAGGUCUAACAGCAUGGCCAGCCACUGGUGUACAGCUGUAGCCGAUGAUGUAUGCAAUAUUAUAUUGGUGAGAGAGUCUUAGAAAUAUGGGAAGGUCAAAAACAGAGAGGUGUAUUUUGCACCACAUGUUAUCCGAUUCUUUCAAGUGGUGAUGGCAGAAAUCCAACCUACUCUAUGCAACUCAUGUGCUCCACCAGUGACCUAUGCUCAUUCUAUAGCAUUAGAAAUGUACACCCAUCCAAUCUGAAAGCAUGUUCAGUUGGUUAGGGCACCCUUUUUCUAAUACUCGAUAUCUCAAAAGUAUGGCCAGGUUUUAGCCUUGUCAGUUCUUGGAUGGGAAGAUAGUGGGAACAGGAUAUAAAUAUAAAGAAUGAAUUUUAGAAGCUAAUGCAUUGUAGUAGUUUUUUUGCCUUGGCAAUCUGCCCAGAUGCUUUUAAAGCAAGUAUUUCUAGUGUAGCAUUUCCAAGCACUACGCACUGCCUUCUUAUAAAUCUUGAAUCGGGAUGAAACCCACUGGGAUCCAUUGUUAACAGGAAGUCAAUUCCCCACAGCUUCUAAAAUGCUGUUGUUUGCUUGAACCUUUCAGCAGCGUGCAGGGCAAAAGAGAACAGGACCCACAUGUCAGUGGUCUAGGAUGGCCAGUGAAGGCGCCAACAUCCCAAGUCCUGUGGUGCGUCAGAUUGACAAACAAUUUCUGAUCUGCAGCAUAUGCCUGGACCGUUACAAGAAUCCCAAAGUACUCCCCUGUCUGCACACUUUCUGUGAGAGGUAAGAGGAUGGUUUCUGUUUCCCCCAACCAAAAGUGCAUUACAGCUGGCUUGUCUGUCUGGAUUGCCACAGUGAUCUGUUCCCAGAUGUCUAGAGUUACACUGUUAAUUCAAUGAACCCCUCAAUCCAGUCAACAAGUUCUCCUGAAAUAUAAAACUUAAUGAGUAGGAAGGUAAAAUGCCCCUGGGCUCAUUUUGAUUUAUAAGAAGAAAGACAGGAUUCAGAUAUUUCUGUAUUGCAAAAGUAAUCUGUGCUCUUUUGGUAAACAGUUCUGUCUUUAUUGUGAAUGUUCAGCCUGUUUUUAUUUUUAAGGUAUGGCCUUCCAUGUCAGCAAUACAAUUACACAUAAAAGGGUGGUAGCAAUAAUUUCUUACUGGGAUAUUUGAUCUGAAUUUAGGCAAUGAAACUUAGCCCAUUUAGCUUAAAAGUAGAUUUCUUCAGCAUGAGUAGAGCUUGGUUCCAAGUGGAACACGUUCAGAACUGAAGGAUGCAAUAUCUGAACAUAAAGUGCCAGAGAUUAGAUGAUUCAGGACUUUGGCCUACAACUCCUAUCAGUCCCAGCUGGCAUGGCCUUGCUGCCUGGGGCUGAUGGAAAAUGUAAUCCAACAACAUAUGGAGGGCACCAGGUUGCAGCUAGAAGAUAUGCAGGACUUGAACCGGUGGCAUUUUCCCCUACAUUGCGUUUCCUUAACAGGAAAAGAAGCAGAGAAGCCUUAUCAUUUAAAAAAAGGCUGCAGCGCUGUCUGAAAGUGGAAACGACAUUUCCACCAUUUCUGCUUUUGGCUUUUCAUGGUUUGUCUGUUUUCAUUUUGUUAAACUGCUUAGUCUACCAUGUUCCAUAAGCAUUUGCUUUGUUCUUUUUUAAUGUUUCGAAUGCAGCGCUGCUAAUGACCCUUAUCUUUCUAUACAUUUUAGAAAAGAGCUCAGGUUUUCUUGGUGUAUUACAUUAGAAUCCGCUUCAGCCUGAAAGGUAGUCAUAUGCAUUUGCCGCCAUGGGCUGAUUUUUGUCUGGAUUCAUCUUUUGGCACGCUAGUGCAAAUGCUCAGAGUGAUGGGCCCAAAGCCAAACCUGGGCUUAAAACAGCCUGUGGUGACAGAUGCACAUAAUUGCCUCACCACGGGCUGCAGCACUUAGAAGUCAGUAAAGGCUGGGCUUUUCCCUCACAAAAGCUAAGGUGACUGUAAGAAUAACCCUCCAGAAUGGUUCAUCAUCCUGUGACGUGGAGCCUGGAAAACAAUUUGAAUAGCCAUAAUGCUGUUGUUGCUUUUAUUAAUGUAAGAUGAAAAUGGCAAGUGAUAUGUUGCAGUGUUUCCCCCCAAGCUUUGGAGCAGAGCAUGAGAACAAGCAGAUGAAAAGAUGCUCUUGUAACCUAUAAUGGUUGUGGAGAAGAGCACUCUUCACAGCGCAAGACUGUAGGGUCAGGAAGUAAUUCCUGUGAGCAGAAGCUAAGGCUGUCCACAGGAGUCAUAAUUAUUCGUGUUUUUUAAAGGAGCGUUUAAAAUGCAUUGCUUGUUUUCUGCACGCUUAUCUACUACUAUCUCUGUUCUCAGAUUGUGCAGAUUUAGGUGGUGUAUAGAUAUAAGCCACAGAUGACAGUGUCCUAAUAAGAAUGAGUGGGUACACCGCAAGAAACAAAGCUUCUGUCAUACCAAAAUCUGCUCUCUGGAAAAAGUUGCUGUUUUGAGGCAGUCUCUUCUUCUUGUACUAAAUCCUUCCCAUCUUUUCUGCGGUUUAGACCAUAGCUGUCAACUUACAGAUUUGAAAAUAAGGGAUCAGCAGCCUCAAAAAUAAGGGAUCAGCAGCCAAAAUAAGGGAUUUUCCGGGCACAGGUAUGUUCAACUUCUGAGCCCCUUUGAGCCAAAGGCAGAAAGCCCAGCCAGCAGCCAAAUGAAGCCUCAUCAAUAAGGGACAGCAGCGGGACAUGGCGCUGGGAUAAGGGACUGUCCCGCCAAAUAAGGGACGCUUGACAGCUAUGGUUUAGACCGUCUCCAGUCAUCUCACUACAUCAUUGCCUUUUUAUUUAGGUAGAACCCCCUAGCGCUCACUCCCACCUGUGGCUGUCCAGAUGUUGCUGUACUACAACUCCAAUCCAUUGGCCAAGCUGGCUGGGCCUGAUGGGAGUUGGGAUCCAAUAACUUCUGGAGGGCAACAUGUUGGGAAGGCUGUCAGAGUGUUUUGUUCUUCCCUCUUGAUAUGAGUUGCAAAAUGUGAAAAAGUAAAGCUGUGUUCAUGAUUACUCUUCUAUUCUCCUACUAGGAAAUCGCAAACAGCACAGUUUACUUUUUGCUUUUGAUACUGGCUUAUCUUUUUACCAUCCUCAUUAGGUGCCUACAGAAUUACAUUCCAGCCCACAGCUUAACCCUUUCUUGCCCAGUGUGCCGCCAAACGUCCAUCUUGCCAGAGAAAGGGGUUUCUGCUCUUCAGAACAACUUCUUCAUCACCAACCUGAUGGAUGUCCUGCAGCGAACUCCAGACAAUAGCAUUGAGGAGUCUUCCAUCUUGGAGACUGUCACAGCUGUUGCUGCAGGGAAGCCACUCUCCUGCCCCAAUCAUGAAGGAAAUGUAAGUGGAUUAGGUGCCUAUAAAUAAGGCUUCAUCAAUUUAUUUGGCAGGGAAAUGGCAAUUUUCAGUGGCUCACCCUGAAAUGAAAGUUGGGGACUAUUGGACUUGCAAAUGAUUUAUUAAUUUCUGCAAUGACAACAUAAAUCAUUUGCUUGAUAGAUUUUAUUCAAUCGAUUGAAUGCUUUCAUUGGAUACUGUACUAGAGAGAGUGAAUUGGGAUGAAUUUGUGUGUGGCAUCAAAUUAACUCUCAGUCAGCCCAAUAUUGAUAGUUUUGGUUAUGUUUUUGUUUUGUAGGGCAUUGCAUUGACAUGUCAUGAUAUUGAUCAUGGUGGUUAGUAAAUGUGCUUUCUGGCUAUCAAGAUGAGAUGUUAAUGUUCUAUAAUUCAUUUAAGCUGUAUUUUGUACAUCAAUUUUAGUUUUAAGUGAAAGCAGCUGUCUAUAAUUCAAACGGUGUAUUGCUACUUUUGCUCUUCUUUUCAUCCAUAAAUGAAAUCAAGUAUUCAUUGAGUUGAAAUUCCAUUUCCUUCUCCGUUACCACCACUGUUGUGAGUCCUUUCCUAUCAUCAGUCUAUUUUCAAUCUUUACCAAGCUGGUGCACUUCAGAUGUUGUUGAAUUGCAGCUCCCCAUCAGCCCCAGCCAGCAUUGCCAAUCAUCAGGGUGGGUGGAGGUGGGACCCUAAGAAGCAUCUGGAAAACACUUUGCUGUGGAAGGCUGACUUAGGCAAUCCAGAUCAUAAUAGGUAAAUUAGGAAGCAAAUGAACUGCAGGAGGUGUCUACAGAGCAAAUAUUUCCAGAGCAACAAAGCAAACAAAACAGAACAACAUCAGAUUUAGGGUGGUGUGGGUUGUUCACCAGUACAGGGCAUGCAAACUUGAUAAGCUCCAUAACUGAGAAGAUCCAUUUGGGGGGGUGCCAAUUUUGGGCUCAUAUUGUAAAAUAUUCCCCAAGUCUGCCCUUGAACAGAAGGGAAAGCAAUCCCUUUCCCAGCAAGUUCUUAGCUAAUCUGGCCUAGGUACAAGGUUUGGGAGUAUUCCUUUCUGAUAGCAGGUCAUAGCCUGCAUGUGGACAAAAAUCAUUCAAGAGAAAUAUUAUUAGAUUCAGCUUUACACCACCUGGCACAAUUGUUUUCCAGUUAUGGUAAUCAGUGGCACUGAAAGAUGAAAAAUCUGCGUAGGGCACAUAUGCUAAAAAGGGUCCUUGGGAAUAAAUGGAGCAUAUGGGCAGAAUUAUGUCAUUAUUCCACUUGAACUGGUGGGUUGGCAUCCUUGUCGUUGCAUCACGAAGCACUAUAUUGCAUUCAAAGGGUGCCAAUAUAAUGUGAGCGGAAUUGCAAGCAUUGCUGCACAUGAUUAGGAAGCUCUUCGUAAAAUUGAAAUGCAAUUAAGUGCUUGGCAGCAUGACUCCUGGAUGUAACACACAGUGCUAUACACUUAUGGCCCUCCUGAUGUCAUUGGCCUCCAGCUUCCAUCAGCCUCAGCCAACAUGGCCUACAGUCAAGGAAGAUGGGAACUGUAGGCCAGAAAUCUGGAGAGCACCAUGUUCCCCUGCUCUCUCCUCUUCCCCUCCUCCAAUUAUGAUCAUUGUCCUCCUUUGUUCCUAAAAUCCCCCUUCUGUUAAUGUGUCACUCAAAGCAGGAUUGUGAUUUUUUCUUGAUUUUAUUUUUUUCUUUCUGUAAACCGCUUUUUACAAUUAAAGGGUGUAUGAAAUUUAUGAAUUGAUUAAAUAAAUUAAUAUGACUUUAAAAAAUCCUGUAUUACAAGACAAAGAUACACCUUUCUUGUAGGUAGGCUGGUAGCAUAUGUACCUGGUUUCCAUCUGCAAAUCAGGAGAUUUAUGAUCAGUAAGGUCCACUCCUUACAAACUAUAUAUUCUUGUUGGGACCAUAACAUCUUAGUUUUAGGCAAUAAGUUCCAGGCUUUCCUUCAAUGAGACAGUUCUUCAUUGCAUGGAGUUUGCUUUCUUUUCUUUUCUUUUCUUUUCUUUUCUUUUCUUUUCUUUUCUUUUCUUUUCUUUUCUUUUCUUUCUUUCUUGAAGAGGUAUCCAAACCAUCUUGGGAGCACAUGCAAAGUAUCUUUAUCUUUCUGAAGUAUCCAGACUCCACUAAGUAAGAGUAGUGCCAUUCAAAACAACCUUACACAGAUUGUGGAAACUUAUUCAGUCCUUUUUCUUUUGUAGGUUGCAGACUAGAAAUAAGAAUGUGAAAAUGUUUUAUCCUUUGUUAGAUGAAAAGCUUCUAUUUCUAUUUCACCAAGUCCUUUUUAUAUAAUUCCUUUUAAUGUUCUCUUGCUUAGUUUGAAAAAUAACUGAUGCUCUCUCCCUCUGGUAAACUUUUAAAUGCCAGCCCUAAGCAGCAAUGAUCACUCUCUGUUAAGCUUUUGGCUGCCAAAAAUAUGGCCCUCAUAAUAUGCAAACCUGAUGCCAUUCUGCUUUGUGAUUCAGAGUGCAUCACUAAUGCCUUAGGCAUUUGUGAAGUAACUUAAUACUGCUAAAGCACAAGGCAUGACAGUUUUAUCUGAAACCAAAUAGUGAGAAAAUGACAGCCAUGAGAAAGAACAUGACAGCCGUAAGUGUACCUUUUGGAAUUUCAAGUACCCUAAAUUGUGUAUGUAUUUAUUUGUGAUUCUUAAAAGUAGGGAAAAAUUCAACAUAAUGGUUCAUACAAACCACAGCUAUAAAUCCAUGGCAUUAAACAUAAUCACUGCUUUUUAACAUUUUAAUCACAAGCAAACAUUUUGUUUGAUGGUGCAAUAGGUUUGAACUCCAGUCGUCAGCUCACAUGGCUAUUUUUCACAUAAAUCCCAUUCUGUUGACUUUUUUUGCUUGCAGGAUUUGUAGCAGAUUUUUUCCCCAGCACAGGGCAUUAGCAGAACAAUCCAAUGCACAUUUAUUCAAAAGCAAGCCCAUGGAAGUCUGUGGGACUAAGGCUGCAAUCCUUGCCCUGCUUACCUGGGAAUUCAAUAGGGCUUGUAUCUGAGUAGACAUGCUCAGUAUUCAAAAUGGUGUGUCUCUGUUUGGAAAAACUGGUAUUCUGCUGAUAGUCACACUCUCCCUCUCUGUAAUCAGCUGAUGGAAUUUUACUGCCAGUCUUGUGAGACAGCCAUGUGCCGGGAAUGUACAGAAGGCGAGCAUGCAGAGCACCCCACAGUACCUCUCAAAGAUGUAGUAGAACAACACAAGGCUUCGCUUCAAGCACAGCUAGAUGCUGUCAACAAAAGGUAUGGAACCUCUUCUGCAAAGUCCAUGCUUUAACACACAGUGUGGUAGGAGUAGCCCCGACCUCACACCCCAGACAUUGUCACCUGCUCUCUCUGCUCCGAGAUCUCCAAGGGAGGGGUUCUUCCCAGGGGCCUCUGCUUUCCAAGGCAGAAUACAGUGGUACCUUGGUUUUCAAACAUCUCAAAAGUUGAACAUUUUGGUUUUCGACUACCAAAAACCCAGAAGUAAAUGCAUCCAUUUCCGAAUGCGCCUCAGAAGCCAAAUGGCUUCCACUGAGUGUUUCUCAAUUAAAUUUGCAGACCGCUUUCGGUUUUCGAAUGUUUUGGAAGUCGAACGGUCUUCCAGAACGGAUUAUGUUUGAAAACCGAGGUACCACUGUAGAGAGAACUAUAUAACUGUGUUAUAUAAAGAACUACAACUUUCAAAAGGGGUGCUUGAGCUUGCUUUCUCUUGCCUCUUUCUCCAUCCUUUUCCUUGUGCUAUAAAGUCUUUGUAACAGAAUUCGUCUAAGAAACACUUGAAAUCUGAUUUGUAUCUUUAUCCCAUUGUGAUCACCAAGAAUAAAAAUCUUGUUGCAUGAUGUCACAAGGAAGAACUAUGGCAAUUCUAUUUCAAACAGCACUUGUGAUUUACGCUUCCAACAGGCUUCCAGAGAUAGAUACAGCACUUCAUUUCCUAUCUGAAAUUAUACAUCAGCUGACCAACCAAAAGACCAGCAUUGUAGAUGAAAUUCAUUCCACUUUUGAUGAACUCCAGAAGACUUUAAAUGUCCGCAAGAGUGUGUUGCUCAUGGAAUUGGAAGUGAAUUAUGGCCUUAAACAUAAAGUAAGACCCUUUAUCUUUUCAGUCAUAUUUAUUUCAUUUGUGGGGUAUGUGAAGAGAGAAACAAUGUCUGAAAUCUAAUCUUUAGCUGAGAGAGAGGCUAGGAAAUGGCAUGGGAACACAAUUAAUCCAGCACAUCCUUGAACAAAUUCAUUUUAUCCAACAAAAUUCCCUUACAAAAAUGCAGAAGUGAUAUGUAACACUUGAGUCAGAGCUAUAUUUUUAAUUGUUACGGGUUUUUUUUUUUAUUAAAAUAACAAAAACAAUGGCAACAACAACUUUAUAUUGCAUCGUUGUUUCAUAGUUAUUGGUUGUAUUUUCAUUUUUUACUUUUCUUUUCUGGAUAAUAUUAGUCAAAUAGUUGUAAAAAUCUUAUAAAACCUAAGUGUCCAUAUCUUGGGGAGUGGAGGAAAUACAGUGUUCUGCAUUUUUUCCAUAUAUCCUCAUAUGAAAACGUUUAUCUGUCUUCAGUUUGGCCCAAGGCUUGUUCAUGCAAUACAAAAAAACCUAACAGUUUAGUUUUAUGUCAAAAUAAUGCCAUGAACAAAAGCUCUCCAAACUGGAAGCUUUUUUAAAAAAUAAUAAUAAUAAUCCAAGAGAAUUUAGCACUUAUUUGAUCAAUGCUAUUCAGGUGUUUUGUUUUGUUUUGUUUUGUUUUAAUAGAGCCCAACAAAUUUUCUGCAACGUUAUUCUGUUCAAGGUCAUACCUCUACAUUUCCCAUGAUAGGUGGGAAUUCAUUCAUUUAUUUUUUGGGCUACUUGGUUUAAAACUCAAAUCUAUAUAACCACAGCAUUCUGUCUAUCCAGGUCCUGCAGACUCAGCUUGAUAGCCUAUUGGAAGGUCAGGAAAACAUAAAGAGUUGUAGCAACUUUACAGCCCAAGCACUCAACCAUGGAACCGAGACAGAAGUCUUGCUUGUUAAGAAGCAGAUGAGCGAUAAGCUGAACGAGCUGGCUGUCCGUGACUUCCCACUGCAGCCUCGUGAGAAUGAUCAACUGGAUUUCAUAGUGGAAACGGAUGGGCUGAAGAAGUCCAUUCAUAAUCUUGGUACUAUUUUAACCACAAAUGCUGUCGCUUCUGAAACAGUGGCCACGGGUGAAGGACUGAAGCAGACGGUGAUAGGACAGCCUAUGUCGGUCACCAUCACUACCAAGGACAAGGAUGGUGAGCUCUGUAAAUCUGGGAAUGCUUACCUCACGGCUGAGCUCAGCACGCCUGAUGGGAGUGUGGCGGACGGAGAAAUACUUGACAAUAAAAAUGGCACUUACGAAUUUUUGUAUACUGUCCAGAAAGAAGGGGACUUUACCCUUUCCUUGAGACUCUAUGAUCAGCAUAUCAGGGGCAGCCCGUUCAAACUCAAGGUAAUCAGGUCGGCCGAUGUGUCCCCUACCACCGAAGGAGUUAAGAGGCGUGUGAAGUCUCCUGGCAGUGGACAUGUGAAGCAGAAAGCUGUGAAAAGACCAGCUAGCAUGUACAGCACUGGCAAAAGGAAAGAGAACCCCAUUGAAGAUGACCUGAUCUUCAGAGUAGGUAUGGAGUGCUUUGCCUUCUAAAUUAUUUGGAUUGCAAUGUCCAGCUGCAAACAGAGUGCGUGAAACUGUAUUGUUUUGGGAUAAGUGUCAACACUAAGCAGGAGAGAAGAACCUGUGGUGCUCAAGCAAAUUGUUGGACUCCGGUUCCCAUCAGCUGCAACCAGCAUGACCAGAUGAUGGAAGCUGUAGUCCAGCAACCUUUGGAGGGUCCUUGGUUUCCCAUCCCUGCCCUAGGACAUUAUCUAGCUCAGAGGUGUUGGUUGAUCGAUGGAUAUUCAUUUGAAUCAAAAGUGGCAUAGACAUGCAUAGUGGCCUACAAACAAUAAAUAACAACAAGACAAUAAAACAUAAUAGCACAUCACAGAUACAGUGUGAAUCAUAUAAAACAGAUGCAAUCUACAAAACGCUACUCACAAAACAUCAGCUAAAAAAAGAAGCUGAACAGCAAAAUUACAGCAAAAUUCAUAUAAUGGCUUUUGUAUGGCAGUAUGGCUUUUGUAAUCUGUAAAACAAUACUAACAACAUUAAAAAAUAGCAACAAAAAGUUAGCUAAGCACUGUUAAGUUCAUACACACACUCUUCACGUUCCCCCAAAAUCAUAAUCUCACUCUAUUUAAUUUGUUAAAACACACAUAAUAUUGUUAAGCUUGUUGUAAGUGAGCCUUAGUCCUACUGUAGUUGGACUUUCCUAACUAGAUGGCUCUCCCUCUAAUUUUCUGUGCCAAAAAUAUUGUAUUUAGUAAUUGUUGUAUGCACUUCUGGGUGGGGGAAUCACCCCAUCUGUAUUGCUUAUGGAGUUCAUAAUUCAAAAACAAUAUUUCUGUCACAAGACUGCUUGUUUAUCUCAUCCCUCAAAGGCGUAUUCCAAAACCUUAUUAUCUUGAAAGGCAGCUGGAAUUCCCUCUUGGACACAGAAGUCCCUGCCCAUAGUGGGGGAGAAAGGAGAGAGCAACACACUCAGCUCCCCCAGAGUCCCAGACACCCCUGUUCUGGAGACUGUGGACCUUCCCCUCUUGAUCUUUAUAUUGUAUAUUCAUGAUAAUGGUUUAUUUUCUCUACCCCAACCAUUGUGAAGCCCCUUUCCGUGCAAUACAACUAGACUCCUGAUGAUGAAACUGCUGAUUGGACCUACAGAGUUGAAAUGAGUUUUUGCAGCCAUGUACUUGACUUCUUUCCUAAUUGUUUUUAUAUGUACAUCUCCUUUUAGGUACCAAAGGGAGAAACAAAGGGGAGUUUACAAAUCUUCAGGGAGUAGCUGCAUCUACAAAUGGAAAAAUAUUAAUAGCGGACAGCAAUAAUCAGUGUGUGCAGGUAUGCUCGUUUUUCUUUUCUUUACCCAUAAUGGAUUGUUUUGGAAAGACACAGUACUGAUCAAAUGCGGAAAAGAAACAUGUUCUCUGAAGUGUCAAGAUUAUAAGAUCUUGAUAGUGAAGGAUUCAUAAUUCUGCAUUAAUAAUAAUAAUAAUAAUAAAUUUUAUUUAUAUCCCGCCCUCCCCAGCCGAAGCCGGGCUCAGGGCGGCUAACAACAAUAAAACAGUACAAAAGUACAGCAUAAACAACAGUCUAAAAUCAUUCGUUAUAAAAUUAAUUAAUUCAAGCCACGUGAACAUUAAGUUCACGUAAUGACUCAAAUGCCACUUUCCAGUUAAAAAUUCAUUCAUUUAUUUAAAUCUGCACCCCACCUUUAAUCUCAUGGAUGUGUAUACAUGGAUACAUCUUUUGUGAAAAAAUUAUUUUUGAAAAUUACAGAUAUUUUCCACUGAUGGCCAGUUCAAGAGUCGUUUUGGUAUCCGGGGAAGGUCCCCUGGUCAGUUGCAGCGGCCUACGGGAGUGGCUGUGCAUCCUUGUGGUGACAUCAUUAUUGCCGACUAUGACAAUAAGUGGGUUAGCAUAUUCUCCUCUGAUGGAAAAUUUAAGGUAAGUACAAAUUAAAAAAUAUAAGGAAACUCACUGCCAUUUUAAAAUUACGUAAUAGUUUGGUAAACCAACGAUUUUUCUGAAGGCUUGGGGAACUGAGUCUGUAUUUCUUGACUGAAGAACUAACAGUUGGUGAUGUGGGAAAGGAUGGGCAAAUUCAUGCAGAUGAAAUUAUUUUGUUUGUUCUGAGAUGGAGGGAAGGGGGGGGGUGAAGACUCUAAACAUUUGCCCUGGUAUUGACUUAAAAUCAUACAGGGUGGGAAUCCUUUUUUCAGCCUGAGGGUCUCAUUCUGUUCUGGGCAACCUUCUGAGUGCCAGAAGCAAAAGUGGAUAAUGUAACAAAUAUACAUUUUUACCUUUGUACACUAGGCCACUUUCUACAACACUCUCACACCCCUCUCUGGUUCCAUCCAGGCCCAGAAGAGUCAUUAACGGAGUUAAUGGUUGCAUUUUAGCCAGGCAAAAAGGGUGCAAAAGCAGGGAUAAUGAGUGUUGUGGCCUGAGGGGAUUUCAGAGGGCCAAACAGAGAUCACAAUGAAAGUCAUUACUACCAAUCUCUUGCACUAAUUUACUACAGAAUCUUCUCCCAAGUAUGAAUAGUGGCAAAGCUAAAAACCCAGUAAACAUUACAGCAGUCCAAAUGUGUGUAUGUUUGAAGCAACUUUAAUCUCUUUCUUUGCUCCUAUAGACAAAAAUUGGAUCUGGAAAGCUCAUGGGACCAAAAGGUGUUUCUGUGGAUCGCAAUGGGCACAUCAUUGUGGUGGACAACAAAGCAUGUUGUGUGUUUAUCUUCCAGCCAAAUGGAAAAAUAGUAACCAGGUUUGGAAGCCGAGGCAAUGGAGAUAAGCAGUUUGCAGGUAUCAGUUGCUGUCUAAUAUGCAUUUUCUUUUAUCCAGAUCGUGUGUGUGUAUUUGAGCAUGCUGAAAAAGCAUCACUCUAACUUCACCACAGUAAGCAAGACACAAUAAGUAGACUGUAGUCCAUUAGUGCUUUCACGCAUCCAUAAUUUUCUGGACAUCGCCAAAACUUUGACAAAAGCUCAACAACAUUUUGAAAUAUGGCAACCCUCUAGUCCAGGCAUGUCCAAAAUCCUAAUCCAGCCCACCGGUCGGUUUAAUCCGGCUCCUGUGGCAGUCUAUUUCCUGGGGUAAAAUCCAAAAAAACCCUCGAAUUUCAAUCCUAAAUUGGCCCUCACAGCCUGUUACUUCAUCAAAUCUGGCCCUCUUUAGACACCACUGCUCUAGUCCAUGAACAAUUAUGUAGUAAUAAACACACACAGCUUUAUUGUGGUCCAUAGACCCAAAAUACACAGUACAAAAAUAGUAUAUAAAUUUGUUUGUCAUGAGACUCUGUUGUAUUUGCUUUUCUAAACAGGAGACAUAAAAUUGCUUUUUCUUUUUAUAAAAAAUGUACUACAGGGGCUCAGUAAACACAUGGGUUGAGUGCAUACCAUACAUUUAAAGUACAUUAUUUUGCUUAACUAAUAAUGGGAACUGCAGUUUAUUAAGGAUGCUGGGAAUUGUAGCUAUGUGCGGGGUAAACUGCUUUUCCCAAACAGUCUUGGGAACUGUAAUUCUCUCUCCCCCCCCCACCCCAUUUUAUUAAUCUGGAUUUUCAAGAUGGCCUGCAAAGGAGAACCUCAAAACAAAUAUAAAACAGAUCAAAAACAUCAGCAACAAAAGCAAUUAUCAUAGCAACAGUAAAAAUACAAAAAGCAGUAGAUAUAAAAUCAGUGAAAACCCUGAAAUGUGGGUGUAAUUUUCACUCUAGUUGUUCCUUAGGCCUUUGGGGUGAGGGGAAGCAGUCUUUCAGGAACAACAAAACUCCUCUGGUCUGACUCCUGUGGUUUGCUGAUCAUGUCUCAUUUUAAGACAGAGGGAGUCAAUGUGAUGAUCUCCACAUCUGGCUGGACCCCAAUUCCCAUCAGUCCGAGCCAGAAUGACCAAGAACAAGAAGCAUGCUCACUUGCAGAUGUUAAACAAAUUUUAAGUAGUCUAUUGUUCAACUUGAAAGUUGUACUAAACAUUUAGUGGGUGGAAACCAGUCAAACUGGUUUUGAAGCUGGCCAGAUAGAACCCUUUUUAUUUAUUGUUCUCUAGAGGACUUGUACUGUUGCCCAGGUUCAUAAUUUUCUUGAGUUUGUAGCUGAUUAUGUUCUUCUUCAGCUAUUAACGUGUGACAGUGAACGCAGCAACAUGUAGAGUUCAAAAUGGAACCUUGAAGCACCACCUGGUGUUGCCUUUUCCAGAGCCACCUCCAGUCAGGCAUGCUGCUAGCGCAUUGGUCCACAUCAACCAUUUUGAUCAGAACCCACAUACAAACUGCUGCUUCACAUGGAUUGAAAUAUUGUUGUCAUGAUUUAUCUUUCUUCCUGCAUUGAACUUCCUUCCUUCCCUUAUCACAGGGCCUCAUUUUGCAGCCGUCAACCACAAUAAUGAAAUUAUUAUUACCGAUUUCCACAACCACUCGGUCAAGGUAUGAUGCUGUUACUUCUUCAUAAAAUAUAAAAUCCCAUUGAUAAUGCAUUGAAGCCGUUACUCCCAAUAUGUAGUUAAAUUCACAGGUGUUCUGCAUCAGCCAACAAGAAAUAAUUGUUUACAUUUAGAGGUGGGGAAAUACUUGGAUUAAGUCUCUUGCUUUGCUCUUUUAAAAUAAAGCUGUGUAUGUUCUUUUAAAUUGAUUCAAGAAGUAUGAAGUUGGAUCUCUAGAAAGGAGCUCUUGGAGUCUUUUCACACCAUCAUUUUGAAAUGCUAGUUGUCCCCUGGAGAAAGUUACUCUUGUGCCAAGUAUUCAGGAUACUCUGGGUCACUUAACAUAAUUGCAAAAUUACUACAUAGAAGUAAGCCAUAUGUGCCAUUGACUGCAUAGGAAGCUACAUUAUACAAAGCUGGAAUGAGGAAUUUGAUGGACCCUGGUCCAUCGACUGCAAAUCACCCAGAGAUCUACCAAUAGAUCUCAGUCUGCCUUCUGCCCACCCUGCACUCAGUGACCAUUGCUACACCCUACAGAAGCCAUACAGAGACCUUUCCAAGUGGGUUCUGUGAUAAAAGUAAUGUGUAGAACAAAGCUAAGAGCAGCAGGAAGGCAUAAGUCCCACGUGGGCAAGUGAAAUGUGGCUUGGGCUAUUAUAGGGCUUCUUUCAAUCUACAUACAGCUGAGAAGUAUAACCCUUAAGUUGGAGCUAAAUGGGCAAUUUUGAAUUGAGACUGUUUUUCAUAGGCUUCUGGAAUUAGGCAGGAAAUAACUGUUCCUGUGGUUUUGGAUUACAAUUAAGGAAGCAAGACCACAGGGGAGACCCUAAGUAGAUUGUUGGCAGAGUUUAGCAGCAGGGGGGGCUCCUAUUUUAAUAAACAUACACCCUGAGAAGCAGCAAUUGUUCAGCAAUGCAGGAUUUCUUAAUGACAACAGAGGUUUUCAGUUCUAUGGCCAGGCUCUGGCAAACAAGGAAAUAAAAUACAGUAUGUUAGAAAUCUGACUGAAAAUGGGGAAUAAAUUUCAUUGCCAUCCUGCUAAUAAAAUGGAAGGGAACUCAAAGCCGAUCUGGAUUAAGCUCCUGGUUCCAAAGGUACGGCCCAGCACAUGGUUUUCAAAAUACACUGUGGCCAGGAUUGUAGCUAAAUCCUCCCUUCCUUCUGGCUUCCCCAGCAAUACUGGAAUGGGCAAGGGCAACUUUCCAAACCUUUCUCUGUAAUUUUUGUGGCCUUGCAGCUCAGGGAAUAUUUUCGACACACUGAUUUGUAGUAUAACUAGAAAAUGGCCUUGACCUUCUGCUAACUCCUAUGUAAAUGUUGCCACAUUUCAUUUACACAGGACAGUCUACUAUGUAUCAUACCCAAAAUACAAGGAAAUGGAAGCAUGCAAAUAUAAUUUUAUUGAGAAGCAUGGAUUGUAUUAUAAAGUUGUCAUGAAGCCAAGCUUUCAUGCAUACUUAUGGUUCUGGUUAAAUAUAUAUAUAUAUAUAUAUAUAUUCACAUAUAUAUAAACAAACAAACAAUUAGCUAACAGAAACAGUUUAAUUUUAAAUUGCUAGGAAAGCAAAUCCCCCCCCCCUCAGCUCUCCAUGCGUGGGAAUGUUACUGAUUACAGUGAAAGGAAAUCCCCACCUGGGAGGGAGAAUGCACUAGGAAAUUGGAUUUGGGGCUCUUGUUUAAAAAUGGGCAUACAUGACAUUAAUUCUGUGAUACUGAGCAUCUUUCAAUUUUUGGAAUUGAAAAAAAAAUGUUUGCAUGAUGGGACUUCUAGUUUCUCUUCCCACCCUCCAGGCCCCCCAACACCUCCCCAACAAAUCUGUUCUGGAGGACACCCCAACCCUCCAGAACAGAUGUUGGGAGCAUACAGAGGGCUGUUGGGAAGAGAAGAAUAAGAAGGAACUGCAUUGCACAAAUGAGUGUGUAAUGCUAACCAUGGUUUAGCACUAUGGACAUGAGUUGGAGUGAGCAUGAGUGAGACUUUGGCUUGUAUGCCCACCCUCUUCAUAUAUAUACGAUAUACAAUAUACGAUAUAUGAUAUCUUUAUUGUCCCAUGCAGAACAAUGAAAUUGAAAAACUACAUAAAACUACUACAAAACUACAUAAAACAUUCAAAAACCCCUAAAAACUCUGAUAUGCAGCUGGGAGGAGGACUUGGCAGCUUUACUUUCCCUAAAUUGGGUUGCCAUUGUGUGCAAACCAAAGAUAGUGGUUGAUAACUAAUUCUGGCCUGUUUCAAAACAAGCCAGCUACAAACUCUGCUCCUUUGAAGCUGGCUUCUUAAAUUAACCUGGGUGCUCCCCACCCUCAUUGAAUCACCAUCUUUGGUUUGCUUGCAAUGAUAAGAAUAGGAGAAAGUGAAAGUCAAUUCUGAUGGAAACCCACUCUCCCAGCCACACAGAAGGAGGGGAGAAUGCAUGAGCUUGAGUCACUAUGGCUUAUUCUAGCUUGUGCCUGCAAUACCAAACAAUGGCUUGCUGCUACAUGUGACCUGAUCCAGAGAUGUGCAGUGCAAUCCUAUAUGUGUUUGCAAUAGGAUCCUGUUACAGAAAAACAAAAAAUGGUUUUUGUGUGUGAGAGAAUAAUUUCUUCUUGCAAGCAAAUAAUGAACUGUAACCAGGAUUUGUUUGUGGCUUUCCACACAGGCUUUGUUUGGGAGAGAUAAGCAAUGAGUCCGGGUUCACACUUAACACGAAGCCCCCAUGGCUUAGCUCCCAGUAGCACAGCAACAGUAGACUUAAGACCCUUGUUUGUUCAGCUAAGCCAUUGUGUGUCAGCAGCUUAGGAUGGCUUUAAUAUUUUAGGCUUUACAAAACAACAACUCGCUGGUUCCUUCUUGCACAGAUUGCUAUAAUUUUCUUCUGCAGACAGUACUGUCAUUUUUGGUUGGUUUAACUGUACUUUUGUCUAUGACGGUUUCUUCCUGUUGCCUCAGAAAGGGAAUGUUUGUCUUCCAUUAAGUUUUGAUUUAUACGUCUGAGGAUGAUAACUAUUUAGUUUCGGCUUUAGGCUCUUAACCAUCAUCAUCAAGUACUAUAUAAUUUGUGUCUUGAUUUUUUUUUUUUUAAUUUAUUCAGGUAUUUAACCAGGAAGGUGAAUUCAUGUUGAAAUUUGGAUCUAAUGGAGAAGGGAAUGGACAGUUCAACGCUCCAACAGGAGUAGCUGUAGAUUCUAAUGGAAAUAUUAUUGUAGCAGACUGGGGAAACAGUCGAAUACAGGUGAACAAGUGAUUUUUAAGUCAGUUGGCUCAGUAUGAUGUAUGUUGUUGGGAUGGGGAUGUUUCCUCAUCUUCGGGUCCAAGCAUCCCAUCUCCAAAAUGUUCAACUACAACACAGUCUCUUGCAUAUUUACAAAUGAAGUAAGAGUCCCAUUGACUUUCCAACUCGUUCUUCCUCUGAGAUAAGCAUUGCACCUUAUUGUGCUAGGGAGAGAAAAUAUCAUUGAGUAAUGGAGUAGCUGUGUAGUUAAGGGAAGGGGAACUUGUGGCUCUUCAGCUGGUAAGAAGCAUAUGUCAGGAUUAAAGGUGUGCCCAUGUUAGGAUCUAAACACAUCCUUCUGAGAGGAGUGGAAACCCCAAAGCAUUGUCUGAAUGCAUGAUUACCGGUAUAUUACUCUUUAUCUCCCCUUGUACCCAAUAAAAGGACUCACACACAAGAUCUGAAUUAAAGAAUGAUUUGACGUAAGGGAAAUGCCAGCCUGUAUGUUAGGAAAGAAUUCUAAAAUAAACCUCUUAAGUCUUAACAAGCAGAACCUGAGUCCAGAUUCUUAUUUCUAAGAACUCCAAGCCUCUAAACACAACAACAGCAGGAAGUGUUUCCUGUUUUAAUGUGGUAGCAGACAACUAGAUAGGGCAGAGCAUAGAUAAUAGAUUGAUUCAAUUUAAAAUACUUGGAUGUUCUACGUUUCAGGACACAACCCUCCUAAGGCAAUUUACAAAAUAUAAUUACUACAUAAACCAAGUUGUAAUAUACCUAUAAAACCCAAUUACAGAAAAACUUAAGAACAGCAGCAGCUGUUUCAAGCAAUUUAGUACCCAACCCAGGGCACUUUUAAGAGAAUGGAGUUCAAAACAGUUUUUUAAAAUUUAUAUUAAGAUGGGCCAUACGUACUGGGAGAGAAUUCCAAGGUUAUUUGGGCCACUGUUGAAAAGGCUCUGUCUCUGAUGCCCACCAGUCUGGUGGCUCUUAAAGGCAGGUCUGAGAGUUUUCUAUGGGUGCAGACAGCCCUUCAGGUAACCUGUUCCCAAAAUGUUUAGAGCUUUAAAGAGCAAUGCCAGUGCUUUAAAUUAAGCCUGAAAAUGAUUCGAAAGUAUUGGUGUGUCUAUGCUCUGAGCCUAGGUCCCAGCAAGCAUCCUUGCAGCUGCAUUCCUGUGGUGGUGGUGGUGGUGGUUGUUAUACCCGCCCAUCUGACUGGGUUUCCCCAGCCACUCUGGGUGGCUGUGAACUAUCUCUAAAUACAGCCUCAGGCAGAUUAAAUUAUGUCAGUCUAGUCUGGGUGUGACCAUGGCAGACUUUCAGCAGAUAGGGUCGUAGCUGGUGACUUUGCCACCUUCUACAAUUCUAUUUACUUCAUGUGAAUCUGCGUGGCUGCCUGCAUUUAUGCAUAUUAGCUUCUAGGUAUCCACAGUUCACUGUCUUUGGCUGACAUUCUCUCUUUGCCUUUUUCGCAGGUUUUUGAUGGGAGUGGAUCCUUUUUAUCCUAUAUUAACACAUCCGCCGAUCCACUUUAUGGUCCUCAAGGUUUGGCCCUUACUUCAGAUGGUCAUGUUGUAGUUGCAGACUCUGGCAAUCACUGCUUCAAAGUCUAUCGAUACUUACAGUAA